AGUGCAUUCUUCUCGAGGCGGGCGUCUUGAGCAGAGCAGAGAGAGAGAGAGAGAGAGAGAGAGAGAGAGAGAGAGAGAGAGAGAGGAUAAUACAUAGAGCGAGGGGACCGCGAGUGAGAGAGGGAGAGUGGGAUAGCAGAGUCCGAGAAGAAGCUGAAACUUCACAGCAGACGCUCUUGCACAGGUCUGUUCCAUCUCUAUGUUAUUCUCAUCACACUCAUUUCUGCUCAUAGCCACUUAACAUGAUGUUAGAGGGACUCAUCAGACCUUACUCAUGGACGCAAGUGUUUUCAUCUCAUGUAUCAUCAUGAAAUCUCACUGCUCCUGCUCUACCAAACCGAGGUAACUUGUCGUUAAUCCAUAAAUGGUUGAUGUUAAUGUGUGGUGGGUAAAGCGCGCGUUCAUCACCACGGCCACUAAUAUAGAUAUCAUCAGUCAAACCAAAUGAAUCUGUGUGGGGCUUCAGCUUCAUUGGAGACACUUGCAUUGCAAACGUUUGUAUUCUCUGCAAGCACACAGCCAAUAGUCAUCGUUAUGAAGAGUUUUUUUUUCCAUGUGCAUGAAGGUGGAAACUGCUGAUUGCAGCACACAUGGAAACAAAGAGGACGUUUUGCUCACACAUGUUUUAUGAGGGCAGUUUGAAAUAUCGAUCCAGCCACCGCUACAAGACAAGUGGUAACAAACACAUCUGAGGAACUAUUUCGCUGUGAUUCGUGUGUUGUGUUAUUAUCCUGUCACCUGAUGGCUAAUUCACAAAAUUGGCUGCAAAUCCGAAAUGUUUCUUGUUACUGAGCAAGUAAGAAUGGGUCGAAAAGCACACAGUUUAUCCGCAGUUUGUUGAUCACAAAACGAUGAUAAAUGAUAGCAAUGUCCAAUCAAAACAAAGGCAGGUGCCCCAGCGCAGGAAGAUGGAUUGAAGCAACGUGCGCUCAAACAUGCAUGAACACGAUUUGAAGAUCGUGCAAUUGACCAGCAAUGACUGGCUUUAACCCUUUUAAAAACUGAGGUCCAACCCUGUGAGGACACUCAACCUGACAGACCUGUAAGACGACACCUGAUCACCUCAGGAAAUAGCUUCACGCCUAGACUAUUUUUACCUCCUGUGUGUGUCAGGCACACACACACACACGCUGUCAUCUUUAUUGUAAUCCCGCACUUGCUGUUAACAUUAAUACAGUGUGUAUCCAGCUGGACCUGAAGCCAGGGAAACCUCAUGGGUAAUGGCUGAGAAAGACAGCGAGAGAGCGAGAGGAAGAGAGGAGAGAGAGGGGGUUGGUGGUGGCUGUGGUGGUGGUGGGGUACACUUAAGUGUAGCGAUAGUAAGAGAUGUGCACAUUUUUAAAUGGUAAGUGUGUACAGCUUCUCAAGGUUUGUAGAGGCGUAAAGAAAUUAAAAGUUUUUUUUAAUCUUUUACAGCUGUGGCUACAGUGUGGUAGCCUCAAACAGCUCUGUAGUCUUAAUAGCCUCAAACAUAGGAUAUGCAACAGACAGGUGUAUGAGUGGCAAUAAUCUAUUUUUAAUUUUAUUCUUUUUAGAUGUAAGUCGAGUAAACAAAACCUUUAACUCACUGAGGUUUUUUUAUUUAUUUAUUUAAUUUGGUUCCUUGUUACUGAAUUACCAUGCAUCGAAUUUUACAUCCUAGCCUAUCAGUAGGCAUAAUGUGUUUAUCUACUUAUAUAUUUUUUUAAUCUCUUAGUUUAUUUAUAGGUAAAAAAAAAAACAACACAGCUGUUGGUGGGCUAUUUCCAGCUUCUUUUGAACACUGAAUCAUAUUAAGCUUCAUAGAUAUUCAUCAUCUUCGGAAAUUCCGACAGUAAGUCAUAAUUAUAAUCAGGUUUUAGAGUAAAUUGGUUAAUAUAAAAUGAAUUAGAGAGAGAGAGAGAGAGAGAGAGAGAGAGAGAGAGAGAGAGAGAGAGAGAGAGAGAGAGAGACCUUGUGGAAAGCAGAGCAUAUGGUGUUGUGACGUAACGCCGGUCGGACGCUUUGACAAUAUUGCUGCGUGUGUGUGGUUUGUGUGAGUGUGUAUGUGACCAUGGGUGUUUACGUCUAUGUAUUCCUCGGGAUUUGAUACCGCAUAGAAACCUGAAAACCGCAUCAUACCCGUUGCAUGGCCAACACGCACACUAAAAUAACUCCACUUUUAACUGGCACUGAACAAUGAAUGCGCUGACCGCCGCCACCUGCCUGCUCGUCGCCGGCUUCAGCUGCUACCUCUACGGUAGCGACAUGCUCUUAUCUCUGCUCCGUGUCUCUGUUGCAGACCUCCCCAUGCCCGAGCCGGGAGCUUCUCCGCGGCAGAGCCCGCAGGGAGUCCCCUACACCGAGCUGCAGCACAUCGUCAACGCCGACGGACUGCACCUGUUCUGCCGCUACUGGGAGCCCACCAGCCAGCCAAGGUGAGUGAGGAAUAAAGCGGAAAACUAGCUUGAAGUGUGCAUGUGUGCCUAUCUAUCCUAUUCAUCUGCGCGCACCAAGCUUCAUCUGUGGGAUAGAGAAGCCUGGCACAAGAGUAGCCUGGUCCAUUUUUAGAGAUGUUUAAUCAAACUGUAGUCGGCUGUUGAGGAAACUGAACCUUUUCACAUGGUUGUUUUAAAACUUAGAGUCACAUGAUAUGAAGGCUCUCUCUGCAGACUUUGCAUGUUAAGCUUUCCACUGAACGACACUACACAGUAAAGCACACACUGCCUGGCUGGUGUUACACCGGUAUUUCCAGUUUAAGAGGCUACUCCAAGAGGGAGACCGAGGUUUGAGCUACUUUGGUAUGCUGUGGUCAAACAGCUGUCCCAUCAGCACCUCUAAUCCUCUAUGUAAAGCCAAAAGUGAAAUCAUCAACAAGGAACAUGUGAUUAAGAUUUGUAAACCUAUUAAGGGGGAAACACUGACCUGUGUUACUGACUGAUAGUUUUUUCAGCUGUGACACAGUUACUCAGCAGUGAUAAAUGUAUGUUUUUGCUUUUUUUAAACAAAAGGUUAUAUAAUCUUUACAAUAACUCUAAAAUUAUGCCAUGCUUGACCUGGUACUUAAAUAUGCAAUUUAUGUGUGGUCCAUAACCAAGAUGAAAACAUCUCCUACCUCAAAAUGAAAUGGCAAAAGAUGGACAAAACAAGAUAAUUCUAUUGUAGUGAGCAGUAAAUCUGGAGGGUUUAAUCUCACUCCGUGGUCCAACCUCGUUAAAAACAUAAUUAUGUUAAUCUUUUCAUUGUGAGACACCAGACGCACCAGAGACUCAUACUGGGUCGUGACCCCGUUAGAAGGAAGAACCAAGAACAGUUACUUAUUCGGACCAUUAAACAAGUUAAAGAUCCUGUGAGGACUUUUAAAAUGAUAAUGAACAGUGACAGCUGUUGGCUGCAGGCUAAACAACAUCUGAGUUGUACUUAUUCCCAAUAAGUUGUGACAACAGAUAUUACACCAUGCACGAAGUAAAAGAAAAUGCAAUUUUUGUAUUUUCUGAAUGAACAUGACAGCUUUCACAUGAACCCGUGCCUGUUGUAACAGUUGGUUCCUGAGUGGCGGUGUGAGCAGAAAAUAAAGCGCGUCCACAAGAGAGGUUACCAGGAUCUUCACGGCAGUUGCUUUUGUAUAGAGCAAGACACCACGCUACAUCAUACAUGGCAAAGAAGUCUCACGUUACUCACUGUUAACUGAGUUGAGAAUCAAAGAAAAAGAAAAUACAGGAGCUCAAAAAUGGUUGUCUUCUCAACUGACCAAAGCAAAGGUGCCUCCCAGUGAUGUCCUUGUGAUGUUGAUGUUGUAAAAGGAACAUUACAACUGUUAUACUGUCUGAAUCUAUUCUUAGAUCCUCCGUUUUAAAGGAGGCAGAGAGCAUUAGCAUUAUUACAUGCUAGUAACAGUGCCCUCUUAGUAAACUAGGUCUUUAUUUCAACUUUGAUGUGCAACUCUUGGCUGAUCGAGUCCCAGCUCUUUAACUCUCAGCUUCUUCUGCAAAGAUCACCUCUCAGCAGUGUUAUUUUCUGGGUUUUCUUUGUACAUUAUGUUAGUCCCUCUCAUUUUGACUCCAGCCUUUAACAACUUUCUUCAUAUCACAAUCAAAGGGACAUAGCCCAUUUGCUGCCAUUCUACAUGUCAAUGACAGCUUAUUCAAUUAAGUCACAAACUGCAUAAUGUCUGGCUUUGCCAUAAACAUCUCUUUUAACAACAUUUUAAUUUUUUUCCCCUAAAGUCAUAUUUAGUAAUGUUCUGCUGUUCUUGUAGGGGUUGUAGAGUGGUGCCCUAUAGCGUCCUUUAUUGAUCAGCUUCCACCGGAGACAGUCUGAUACUAAUAGUAAUGUUACUGCAUGACCCCAAAGAGCAAACAAAGCCAACAGGAAAAAGCCUUUAGAUUUCAGUUAUUGUAUCUGCCUGUCACCAAAUAACAACUCCUUGCACAAACUGCUGUUUUCCAAAAUUUCCAUGCGUAAGAUUUAUUUCCAGUAUUAUCUAAGGUACUUAAAAUAAAGAAGGAUAUAAAUUUGAUUAGAAAAUAUGUCUUCAACAUCUGAAAGAGAAGAACAGCAAAUGAAAUUCAUGCUAUUUUCCAAAGGAGGCACAAAAAAUAAGCAUAAACCAAAAGUUUAUCACUAGAGCUUUAAACAGUGUCAACACAGUAUACCUAACAGUGCAAAUACUGUGCAUGGAGAGCUCAUACUAUACUCAGAUAAUCAGGCUUGAAAAUAAAGAAAAACAAAUAUGGGUUUAGAUUGCAUCGUUUUAUCACAGACACAAAUAAUGUCAUGGAAAGCCUUGAAUUAAUAAUUAAGGUUUGUUUUAACUGUUCAAAUGUGUAUCCAAAUACUCAUCCCAAAUCAGUAAAAAUUUUCAUUCAGGUUAUAGAAUUUUUUCCCCUCUAUAAACCAAGUAAAUCAAACUGAGAGGUCAACAAAUUGCAUUACAGAAUGACUGGCAUGCAUUGAUAUGAUAUGCAAAAAAAAAAGUUCAUGGCUCUCUGUGGAUAUUGGUCUCAAAGAAUAAUACAAGCAGCGACUUUCCAGCACAGAUAGCAGUUUUUUUGAGUAACAAAUACACAAUACCCUAUGAAAAGCCCAUCUUUCCAUGCAAAGGAAAAUUAUGACCAUCAGCCAUGAACAUAGUUGUCCUCAAACCUAAAAAUACUUGUGUUAUUUAGGUUUUUCCUUGUAGUGAGUUUAAAUGAUUUUGCCAACCCUAAUGAGUAGCUCUGUUUCCAACGAGCCUGAGAUUCUGACUCAUCAAGCAUUCUGGUGUGAGAGAAAGUGUUUUUCAAAAUGUUUUCCCCCUAAAAAGACAUGAAAUGACACAGAUAUUUGUUAAAUGGGUCCAGCCACAGAAAAAACACAAUUUUUCAGUAAAAUAGGGUAUUUUAGCUGAUCUGCAAUGGGGGGCCUCCCCAUAAAGCUUUAAUCUGUUUGAACUCUCUGCACACUCCACACAUGUGCAUGAAACACAACACAGAUGUCACACCUACAAUCCACAUAGUUGCAUGUGGUGUGAGAGGACAGAAGGAAAGAGAUGUGACAGAGACAGGAGGCCCACAAAACAUCUGGAGCCCAGAUAUAACCCAAACACACACUCACUCACAUACACACUCAUAUUUAGGCUACACACAAGGCUGGAUAACACAUUUCAGAUGAGCAGUGACUCAUUAACUGACACUGUGUCUGAACCUGGGCUGUAAAAUCACCCCAUAAACUGAGUAUAGGCGUGUGGGUAUGUAUGUCCCUGUUUUCUUCUGUAAUGGCACAUGCAGGUGCUUGUAUUGAUGUAAAUAAAUGUCUGUGUAUUUGAGCAGCAAAUGUUGUGGCAGGGUUCACUGUCUUUGCCUCUAGUUCUGUUGUCAAAGCCUCUCAACAGAAAAAAAUACUAAAAUAAUUAGCCAACUCUAAAAAUGUUCCUGCUUGUAGCCAAAAUCUGCAAACCCCAAAAAAGCAAUAAUUUCUUCCUGCAAAUCAUGGUAUUUGAAAGUAAAAGCUGACUAAUUGCAGGCUUAAAAUAGCUGCUGAUCUCUCACUGUUGUAUCUGCUUUAGAGCCAAGGACUUGGAUGGCUUACAUAAGAGCUUUCACACUGGAGGCCAGCCAGUGACCAUUCUAGAAAUGCAUUCAGUCACAGUUCAAACUGAAAGCCAUGGAAGCAUCCAUGAAAUGUUGUCUGUUGGUCAAACCUGCUGACAGGCUUUUGCCUUUUAAAGCUGAUGCCAGUGGUUUUGCCUCUGAGUAAGUAUUCAGCUACUUGACCAUAAUUGGGCCCACAGACCCCUAAAAGCUUUAAUAAGUUGCAUGUAGAGCUUCUGCACUGGGAUCCAGACUAAUUAAAUUCUUCAGCUGAGUUGGCAGCUCUAAACGCUGUGUGAGGUCGGAUUAUUGCAGUUAAACAAGCUGACAAAAGUGAAAUCCCACCCUUACCACUGCAUCUUAUUUGAUCUAUUUGUGAUUUCAGGCAAUGUUUUAGGAAGCUCAAAGUGAAAUAAGCAUUUCCAGAACAUGUAACUAUUUAAAUCUUUUAAUUUAAAAUCAAUGUACAUGCAGCAUAAUCAGAAAGUACUGUAAAACUGCUGAGCAAGAGACACUCCAGGCUGUUGUCUGUCAUGCUUCCUACACUUUACUGUAAAAGAAGUUCUCUAAUACAAACACACGCCUCCUGUUUUAACACAAACUGCCUCUGUACUCUGAUGUCUCACAACAAAAGAGCUGCCUGUGGUCUGGAUGGAUGCAGCCUCCUGACUCACAGCAUCCAAGUCACUGCUGUUGGUUAGAUGAGUAAUUUGACAUCAUGUGACACAGUGUUACUGACACUAAUUUGUGAAAUCUUUGGUGCAAUAGAUAAUACUUCAUCACAAUGGAGGACACUUCAUUAUAAGUUUAGCAGGACAUCACUGCUUUGCAUUGUGGUCCUCUUGAGUUACAUAACCACCUGUCCACUAUACUCUGUCCUGCUUAAAAAUGCCUGUCUCUAUUAAGAAUUCACCACCAAUGUUUUGGGUUUUGACCAUCAGAAUUAAGUACUUAAUAUAGCUAUGGGAUCAGGAAGACACCCUGGUAAUAAAAACUUAUCGUAUACACCAAAGUUGCUUUCAUAAUGCAGGUGUCUUCAUACCAUCAUCUCAAAGAUGCUAAGCUUUAUGCAAGGUUGAAUACAUUACAUACAUGGGUUUAGAGGCUGUAUUUGCAUCAUUGACAGCAUUUCACUCUCCUGAUAAGAGGAGCUGUCCAUCAACCACAGUAGCAGUUGGUGCGGUGAUAAGCGCUCGCAAUAAACAUCAUCUCGAGAGAAGAAAUAUUCAGCCCAGCAGGCAUUCAACAGCAGUUAAGGAACUUUUCACUCAUUUCUUUGUUUUGAUCCAAAUAUUUUACAUAUUUUUAGAAAAAAACUUUGGACAAAGCAAAAAAGCCCUAACCAGUAAAAUGGACACUUUGGUUUGAGUGGCUUUGCAUGAUGCAUCAAUUAACUGAGAAACUGCAGAUGAUUUGCCAGUUUGACAGCAGGUAGAGAUGUGAUAUGUGGUAACCAUGGUGACAGGCCGCUGUUUGUGACUGCCAGUUAUUGAUUCACCUCACUGUAACAGCUAUGGGUAGUUUAUCUCAGCAAGACAAAGAUGAAGUUUAAGAGUUAAACAGUUAAAUAUUGAAACUCAUGCCAAAUCAAUGAAAAAGUUCUAAAAAAAAGGUGUGGUUUUGUAUUAAACACAGUUUUCUAGUCCAGGCAAAUUAAUCUGUUUAAAAAAAAGAAGCAAAAAAUACCUUGCAGCACUUGUAGGUGUACUACGAUUUUGCUAAAAUGCCUCUAAUACAGAAAAAAUUGAACUUCACAGAGUGCCAGAAUUUAUUUGAAUUAUCUUUAUAUAAAAUACUGUGUUUCUUAAGGGGAGGAUGAGAUUGGGUGAAAGGUCAUGUGCUCCUGAAAAGGCCUUUUAUUGAAACCAGGAAGUAGGUGAAAGGUAGAGGGGAGGAGGGGAGGGGCAUCAACAAUGAUUGACAGAUUUUCCAAUAGAUGUCCAGCUGGGGCUUUGAGCCCAUAUGGAGAGGAGUAGUAUAGCAGCCAUACAGGAGCUACACACCUUUUUAUUACACAGGAAACUGUGUAAUAACACACAAAUGCAUGCACGCAUACACACUCACACGCACACACACACACAAGGCUUAUGUAAGGACAUUGUGCUGUUAUCAGUGUUUGUGCCAAUAGUGUCUGGACACCAGCUUCCUUCCCUGUUUGUGUUUCUACAUCCAAACCGUUUAAUUUCCUGCAGCUUGGCACCACUCAUACUGUAGAUAGAAGAGCGUUUUACCAACAUAAAAGCUCUGUAAUGGCUCUUUUCACAUGUGCGCUUUGGGGGAAAUUUGGCAGAGUGAAACACUGAAAUAUAUUGGCCCCUUCCCUUCCCAUAAAAAUCAGGAGUAGGUGUUAGCGUUUGCCAGCUGUGAUUAUUGACUGUGGGUUAAUGUAAAAAGGAGACAGAGUCAGCACUUCAGAUUCAAUUUUCUCUCCACUGUUGCUUUUACGUACAGUGAUUUAAUUCUUGUAUAAAUUCAGCUACAGUUUGUUUGAAACCUGCAUUAGAAAGCUUGCUAGCAGUGGCUGUGUCAGUAACAUAUGCUCAAGUCAGCGUGGAGGCCGAGAAACCAGAAGAGAAUCCCAUUACCUGAGCCCGAAGCCCAAAACCCACAGGAUCUGUGUUGAGUGCUAUUUAUCAGCAUUGUGUGCUAUGAAGCAAAUAUGUCCCCAUUCUACUUAAUGCAGUAUCACACACAGAAAGCGUCGCAGCUCUGCCUCUGCCCCACGUCAGAAGGAUCUCGACGUGCUGCUCUGCUGAUGAUAGGCUCAAGUCUAUUUUCAAACUCUAUGCUUCCCACACAAAGCACUGGAAAGUCAGGAGAUUGGCGCCCAGUUUCACUAUUAAAGGUUCCUAUUAUGAGCUUAAUUGUAAAACUGCAACAUAGUUAUACAAGGCUUGAAUGAAUGCGAAUAUUUCAUAGUUGAAAUUGAAACGCUGUAUAAAAAUGAAAUUCAUUGUCCAUAAUAUGUAUUUUUCUUGUCAAUUAAUUUAUAUAAAUAAAAUAAAUGAUAGGUUGUAUUGGCUGAGCGAGAUCGUGUUGGUUCGUUCCACUUCAGUGGGGCAACAUAAACUGUGAUUCAUGAAAUAGCUCUAUUGAUAGUAAGUACAAAUAAAAAAUAUCUACUCAUUUCAUCCAGUCGAUUUUUAGUAAUCAGUGUUUUGGUGUCGAACUAUUUCCUUUCUGCGGCGUAGUGAUACUUGCACACGCGCAAUCAAAUAUGCAGAGGGGUGAAGCGAUUUUUGUCACGUGGACCAAUAGGAGCCGAGUCUUGUUGCCAUAGUAUCAGAAAUACACAAACAUGGCGACGAGCGCAUCUAGCAGCGAGACAAGCGAAGAGGAAGAAAAGAAAAGGAAAAAAGAAAAAAGCCUUCAAAAGUGCAUCAAAAAGGAAUGAAACGAUGCUAUAUGUAUCAAUCAUCUGUCCAGAGUGAAGACAUUCUGGACUUUAUAAGGACACGUUGGGAAACUUACAGAACUAGUAUUAGAAAUUGGCUUUCUCUACAGGGUGAGACAAAGGACCAGCCAGAAAUGUACAUAUAUGUGAGUAACACAAAAAUGGUGCUGCUGUUUUUGCUUGUAGAAACUGCUGAAUGUUGAUUCUGGCAAGACAAAAUCUUUCUCAAAUGUCAUAAAUACAUCUACCUAACAUCUGAAACAGCUAUUGGUGCCUUAGUAUACGCAUAAGUGAAUUCAAAUUAUGAAAUGUAGCAAAUUUCUUGAAGAAAACAUCUCAACUCAAGUGAUUUGCACCCAGCACAAUGAAAUAUAUACAGUAAAUUUAGCUAAAAGCUUAUGUUUCAUACACAAAAAUGAUACAACCUACUGUGUAAUAAAAGCAAUAAAAUAUAAACAGCACAUCAUGGUCAUAAUUGGCUGAAAGUCAAUCAAAUUGCUACCACGCCCCCCAAAAUUGGAAUAAUGGAAAAAAUGUAACAAGACAAUUUAAAUGCACAAAAGGUCUGAAUUAAUUCAAAAUAUGGUAUAAAACAUUUAUUCAAGUAUCACAGUGUCAAAACAUCUGACAUUUAUCAAUCCCUCCAGGAUAUGAAAAUAAAGAUCAAAACACAAACGCAGACAAAUGUAGCACAAAUAUGAAAAUAAUAAAAAUCUCAAAUCUUGGUGUAGCAAUCCUUUACACAAAACAAAUUGUACAUGGUGACAUGGUGCGUAUAUUACGCAUCACUAUUACUUUCAUCAGAGUCAUCAUCCCAUACAGCUCUUUCUUCUGUUUCCUUUGAGGCUUUCUCACAUGCUGGGCACCAACAUAAAUCUGUACAAGAUAGUCUUGCAGACAUACGAGAACAUCCAUACAUUCACAGGUUGUGACUCGACCAGUGCCUUUCAUGGCAAGGGCAAAAGAAAAACAUUUUCUGUUGCUUGUCAGAAAAAAGAAUACCUGACUGGGUUUGCAAAUCUGGGCAACAGUUUUAACCUUGACCAAUCCACCUUUAACAUGCUGAGUAAUUAUGUGUGCCACCUGUAUGGCCAGUCAUCUGCCAAAAAUGUAAAUGAUGCCAGAUACAAAUCUUUCUGCAUGGCCUCGUCAGCUUCGCCAGAACUACCAAGCAGCGGUGAUGAAACAUUCUCUGACUGGUAAAAUGUGUGCCCCUUCACACUUUCUUCACAAAUCCUGCCCCUGAUAGUGUUUUGCAGAUAGUCCACUGUAGUUGCAAGACAACCAAAUGUGAGACUGAACGAUGUUCUUGUUUGCACUUUAUGCACUUUUGAAGGCUGUUUUCUUUUUUUCCUUUUCUUUUCUUCCUCUUCGCUUGUCUUGCUGCUAGAUGCGCUCGUCACCAUGUUUGUGUAUUUCUGAUACUAUGGCAACGAGACUCGGCUCCUAUUGGUCCAUGUGACAAAAAUCGCUUCACCCCUCUGCAUAUUCGAUUGCGCGUGUGCAAGUAUCACUACGCCGCAGAAAGGAAAUAGUUCGACACUGAAACACUGAUUACUAAAAAUCGACUGGAUGGCAUGAGUAGAUUUUUUUUUUAGUACUUCCUAACAAUAGAGCUAUUUUAUGAAUCACAGUUUAUGUUGCCCCACUGAAGUGGAACGAGAUUCACUUUCUAGGCACUUUUUCCUCUGUCCCAGUACAGCCUAUGACACAUAUCCUCCCCUUGAUUCUUUGAAAAGUCAGAGAACCAUAAUUUUGAACGGGUGGCAGUAGUCUGUGGCCCUAAAGGUCUCACCAUGCUGGGCAGGAGCCCUGGCUAAUGCCUCGGCAUUUGCCCUGGAGCCUCCUGCUAGCUAGCCUGUCACAUUGCCAGCUGGUUUCUGAAAUCGAUUGGUAGUUAAAAUAAAGUGUUUAAGGUGGCGUAAAUUUGCACUUGGGCAGUACAGGUCAGGUAGGUAACAAUUGUAAUGACUAACUGCUGUAAAUUGCACUGAAAUAUGAAGAGAGAAAGUGACAUACGUUUCGCACAUGCGCAGUACAAAUCAGGUUUCCAGGACGGAUCGGGCAGCGACAGGUACAUCUUGUACCUACACCGGGACGUAACAGUGACGGAACACGCCCAGUACACAUCCUGUGGGUUUACAGCUUGAGACCUAUUGAGAAUGUAACAAAGGUGACAAUAUUAAAACAGCUGUACUACCCACUACUUAUUACAAGAGAACAAGAGGGUUGAGCAGGAGCAACAACUGAAACUAGCAACAAGUAGGUCAGAGGUUGUAAAAUUGCAGGGCAUGUUAUAAAAAGUGAAACAUACUCUUAGUUUUUAGAUGUUUUUCCAUUUAUAUACACAUAUCUAAAUGCAGUGAAAGUCCAGUCUACACAGUAUUCUUUCAAAGGUCAUGCGAGUGGAAGUUAUGAUGCAUGGUUCCUCUCAGUGAAGAUUUUCAUUGAAUACUGAGUUUCUGAGUGUAACUUGUCUUUAAUUUGUUCCCUGUCGAAGUUCAUACGAUAAAUAUGUCCUGAUGGCUGAAAUUCAUGAAUGACUGUCCAGUUAUUAUGCCUGUUUCUGCACCUGUACUAAACAUGAAAUGCCCUUGAGCUCAGGGGCGUUUAUUGACUGCUCUCAGAAAAAAAAAAGGAAUUGUGAACUGAAUGAAAAGUUUUUGAAGCUUUUCACUGCGCUGCAGACCAUUUUGGAUUUUGUGCCUCUCUUUGAUUUAUCCUUGUACAACUGUUGUGAACUUUCCUGCUGUGGCCUCCAGUUGUUUUUCUGCCUCGAUCUCUUUCCAUCACACAGCAAUUUCCCCUCUCUAUUAUUUUUAGUUUUCUGCUGUGACUUGUCUCUAAUAACCUCUAUUUAAUCCUUUCUUUAUUGUCUUUUUUUUAUAUGUCAUGUUUACCCCCUCUCCGAUACCAUCUUAUUUUCCAACCAUCACUAUCAAAUAUUAUUGAUUUGCUUCCAAAACAUCAAAGCUUCAUCUGGAUAUUCAUGGUGUCUGACAAAAUCUUUCCUUAACAGUACUUAGAUAUCUGGAUUUCUCCAAACUGCAAACAAUAAAAGUUAAGUUAUACUGCUGCCAAAGCUUUAAGUUGCACAAAUCCAGCCUACAAGAGGACCAUGAGCAAGCAGUAGUGCCAGUCAAUCGCAAACCUUUACAGAGCUGCUUACAGACCUUUCUGAGUACCAUUCAUCUCAAUUUUAUCUUAAAUUUGGAUUUCUUUAUUACUUUUUUAGCAUCUUCAUGUGUAAAGCCUUUGAGCCCAGGACAAUUUUUCCAGCUGGCACAAUCAAAUGUGCUGUCCUAGAAUUUACUGUUGGACUGUAUCGUUUAUAUUAUAACGUUAUGCACUUGAGUGGAUUGAAUGGAUGGUAUUGUAUCGUGUCAUCUCAUAUCCUGUUGUACUGUAUUGCAUUGAAUCACAUUCUGUUGCAUGGUAUGGUAUGGUGUCAUAUGAUGUCACUAUGUACCCUAACUCUUGCUUGCUUGCAAAGAAACAGUCGAUCAGGUCUACUCCCCCUCAAAAACAUCCAAUGUCAAGCUUGUUUGGAAACAGUAACCCAUGUGUAUUCAUAAUGGACAUUUGAAGAUAAUAAAGGCUCAGCUCAGUCCCUGUAAAGGUUGCAGUGGCACAUGAGACUUGAGACAAAUACUGGACCAUGCUACCUAGGGGUGAGAGAAAAAAAUUGGUACAGCAUAGUAUUGCUAUAUUUUUUCUGGUGAUAUAUUGUAUCGUCUCAUUGACCAAGUAUUGCUAUUUUUAAAAAAUUAAUUGUUAAUAUGAAGUCAAAUCUAACAUGAUGGAAAAAUAAAAUCAAUUGUUUGUCCAGUGAGGUUUGCAGAGGUGACAUCAUAAAGCAGGAGAAAGUUAAUACAACAAAUAUAGCACCACCUGGGAAAGACAUUAGGAAUGCAAGCAGGGCAAAUAUUAGAUGAACCUGACACAUUAGAUUUAUAAAAAAUGUGUACAUAAGACAAACAUAAAGAAAAGACAAAUGCUAAAUUAGCUAAACUGUUGAAAAAAUUGUAUAAAUCGCAAUAUAUUGUAUCGCAAUACUCACUGUAUUGCAAAAUGUUAAUAAUCACAACAAUGUUGUAUCAUGGCCCAAGUAACGUGAUAAUAUCGUGUCGUGGGGCCACUGGUGAUUCCCACCCCUAAUGUUACCUCUGUUAAGUUUCUUAUUCAAGGGCACCAAAGCUUCCUGUAGUUUGGAGGGGAAAGAAUUUGGCUGCUUGAAAAUUUUACUACUGGCUCUCAAGGACCUUGAAUUUAUAGAUUUUAAAGAGUGAAAUUUUUGAUUUUCACUUGGAAAGUUAAGAAAAUAAGUCAUCUGAUUUACAGAGUCUCUUUUUUUUCCCACAAUGUGAGUAUAAAGGCAAAAAAUUUGUUCUUCCAGUGUGACAGACCUAGAAGUUUAAUUUCAGUUUAGUAACGAUGUCAAUUGACCCUGGAGCCUGGCACACUCCUUAAUGACCUGGAAUUCAGAGGUUAAAAGUUCACAAAAGUCAAAAAUGUAAACUCAGUAAGGGACUGAGUUUAUAGCAAGUCUAUAGUGAAUCAACUUUGCUACAAAAUUUUUCACCACUUUUAGUUCUUCUUUAAUUGCAAUACUCUACAUUCAGUUCAAAGUUUUUGUUGUUCUUUUUCCAGUUUAAUUUUUUUGAACUGUUUAUUUUAAAACUGCUGCUUUUUGGUCUCAUGUAUAUCUUUGCUUCUCAGGCCCCUUCAGUUCUAGUCUCAUCCUUUCAUCUUUUCCUCCAUAUUUCUAAAAAGCACUGAUGUGGUCGCCCAACUACUCACAUAUAUAUGGACAUGUUAACACACACUAACUGGAACAACACAUCCUUUGGUCUGCUCAUUAAAGAAAGCUCAGCAACUUAUGGGUCUUUUUCUUGUACUCACACACAAGAUCAGAGAGGAGAAAUGCACGCGCACACACACACACACACACACACACACACACACACACACAUACCAUUCAUCCUCAGUAGUCUCAGUUUAUUAAUCAGAUUAACAUGCCAUUGUUCGGUGGUUCUGCUCCAUCAUCUGGCUCUGGCCCAGUCUGGGCACACGGACACCAAGAUCUUCACUGUUAAAUAAACACAGGGGUGAGUUUAUUUAAGGUUACAUCAAGAAAGGUAAUUAAAUCGUCUCAUGACGUAUCCUUCUCCAAAAGGUACAUUGCAAUAAAAACAAAUGUAAAAUGUAGCUCAGAAAUCCAAUCCAAUCUCAAAAUCCUGAAAUCUGACACCCUGUAAAACCUGGAGACUUACAAGUUGCCUGUGGCUUCUUCAAAGACCUGUCACCUUGCUGGGACAUUAUUUAUGACACCGUUUUUCUUGUUUCUGUUCAUAAGUGUAAGUAUCAGUGAACAUGUCUAAAAUGCCUCAGAUUUUACAUGUCCUUUCAAAUUCCAAGUUGAAGGUGCAAAUUCUAGCGUCUGAACACAGUCAGAAGGUUUGAGAGCACCUGUAUAACCUUAGUGAGGCCAGUCAGGAUAGCAUUAAGGGGAUUAGGGUCUUGGCUUUGUUUUGGGCUUGUGCUUGUUUGGAGUAGCUCUAAGAAGAGCCAGAGGAAGGACAAAACUCCCUUUGGCUCUCUCUGGGUGUUUUAAUAAGGCUGGUUAUAAGCCCUGUUGUUCCAGCAAUUCGAAGUGGUGUGGGAGACGAGUUGGUGUCAGGUUCCCAGGAGAGAUGAGAGAGAGAACAGCGAGAGGGUGAGAGGAGAUAAUAAGAGAGAGAGAGGAAUAAAAAGCUUGUUUUCUUGCUUAUCACAAAAUUUAAAUACUAAUGUUACAUAUCAGAUAAUAUGUCAGAUAAUAAUGGACAGGCUGAUGCAUCAAGUAACACCUUAAGACUGCGCCUAGUCGCUUUGUCAAGGGAUCCUAGUAAGAAGGCAAGACUUUUUCUUAACAGGUCAGUUCCAUUUUGCCUCCAAAUGGAUGUUUUGAUAUUGAAAGGCAUAAAGAGAGUUUAGUGUUAAUUUCAGUCAGUUUUAAACCCCUCUCAAAACUCCUAACAGGAACUGAAACAAGAUUUUAGCCAAUUCACUGUGAUUCAACCGAGUCCAACAACAGGAGGCUGUUGGACUCAGUCUGCCAACAGGAUGAACUUGUGAAAUUUUAGAUAAUUUUCCUUAGUGCAGUAGGUGUUGGAGAUAAAUAAAGCACAAGUCUGCAUCAACAUCAACUUUAGAGACAUUUUUAGUAGAACAUUUUAAAGGCAUGUGAUAUUUUUAGAGUCGUCAUGUUAAAAUAGUAUUAGGUUUUGGGAGUAGACUGGCUUGCGAGGGCAGGGAGGAGGUUGAUGUCGUGGCGAGUUAACUUAACGUCAGAGCCUAUUAAAGUAACACUUGUUCUGACUGAGCACAUGGCUCUUGAGCUUUACCAGAACACUGUCGACUAAGUGGACACAGUGAGCUGUCUGUGCACUGCUGGGCUCAUGCUGGUGCUGUCUGAAUAUUAUCACUUUUCUGCAGAGCCCUUCAAUCAAUGAAUGCAGACCAAGACAUCUGCUAAGAGACAGUUUUGGGGAAAUGAAAUCCUCAUUUCAUACAUUAUACUGUGAGCUGUCAAUAAAUAUAUUGCCCUUAUCCUUCUCUUCUCCCUGGCAACUUAAGAGAAAAUAAAUAUGGAGGAAAAAAGUGUGGAAGAAGAGGGUGGUGGUAUUAUCGAGUAGACAAAAGAGGUAUUUAGAUAGUGAUGGAUGUAGAAAGUCUCUCAGAAAGACGACAAAUUUCAGAUGUCACAUUACAGCUAUGGUCUCUAUAGUGCGACAUUCAAUGUACAGUUGUCUUUACAAUGAAGCCAGAUUAGCCCCAUUAAUCCCCUGCUGCCCCUCGGCAUGUGUGUUACAGAACAUUAUGCCUAAACAAGGACAGCAUUGACACACACUGAUGCUCAUACAUGUACGCACACACUCAUUCUGAGCCAACAAGUGCAGAGGAAGUCUCAGCCCGAGGCGAUGGCUUUAUAAAGAAGGGAAACAGGCAGAGUGAAAUCAGAGUGAUUUGCUAAUGAAGCUUGAUGAACAGCUCCUCUCAUUCUGCUCUUCCUCAUCCUCUUCCUCACUCACUUGCUCCCUGUUUCACUUCUUUACCCUUUCCUCCAUCACUGAAUACAUUUCAGCUAAUUGUGUGCUGCUGCUGAUUGAAGCUCUCUCAGACUUCUGAGCACUGCUGCUGCUCAGAGAGAGAACACUGGAGCGUUUCAUUGCUGCUUGCCUGCUGAAUAUGCACUGAUAGAGGACGUAAAACCUACAGUCAAAACCCUCUCUUUCAGCACUAUGCUAUUUUGUUCUCAUAAACAGGGAAAUGAAACCCUCAUUUUGAAGAGCAUACAGUAUUUUACACCUUCUUAACCUUUCCUCUCUCUGUUUCAUUAUCUCUCUGCUCUCACUGAAAUGACUUUAAUUGGUGAAAAUUAACAAGGGAUUAUUCUGUUAGCUUUUGUAAUGAGUCUGUUUUACCAAAAAGUCAUGUGUUCUGACAGUCAACUGAGUUUGUAGCUUCAUCUUGUGGGCAUGUUCGACAAAUUGCUAAUUGCAUUGUGUGUAAUGACACUAUUGAUGAACCUCUAAAGAAAAGAAAGACAUGAGGUCUUGUAAAUUCACAAUACCAUCAAGAAAAGUAACUGCUAUGUUUUGCACAAGGACACUGUGGCAUGUGACUGUGGAAGCUGGGAUCAAACUGCCAAUCCUCCAUCUGGGAGUCGAUUAACUCCUUGUGGGACAAUAAAGAAAUUCAGAGUCAGAGUCUUAUUCUGAACCAUGUGCACUCACAUGCUAAAUUACCCUUUGGGCUCAAUGAAGAUUACCAAGGGCUGCACGAGUAAUUGGCUUAAAAUCAUAAUCAGAUUUUUUGAUUAUGACGAUGUUAAAAAAAAUUGAAAUCGCCAAAUCGAUGAUCCUCUCUAUCAUGUCUCGUGCCUCCAGGCCACCAUAGGCUCUCCUCCUUACAAAAGCGCUCCCCAGUUCCCACACACACCAGUGUGAACAAACAUGGCGUUUGCAAAAGAAGGCAAUAAUUUUGUGGUUAAACAGGACAAGAGCAAGUCAGAUAUAUGGAACUGGUAUGGCUUCGCAGUUUUAGACGAAGAGCAAACCACUCCCCGCUGCAAAGUCCGUCUGAAGGCGGUAUCAUCCACAUAGAAACGAAUUCAGGAGUAAAUGCUUAAGUUUCAUCCACACGGAAACAGCAUUUUGAGUGACUGCAAAUGGUACUUGUUGAAAAUGGGUUAGAGAGUGCAUAAAUCCAUAAACGACUACCAUGUCUAUCUGUACCUCUUGAAACCAUUAUGUGACACAGAGCGUAACUCUUUUAUGGCUGCUGCACGUCUGGCCAAAACAACCUUUAUACACAUGCUCCAUACUCUUCUUCUAUCUUUAGUGCAUUUCCUCGGCAGUGUUACAGCGCCACUUACUGGCUUGGCAUAUGCACGACAUCAUUUUCAGUGGUUUCGUUUUGAGAGAUAAUAGCAAAAAAUGUUAUGAUUAAAGUGAAGUUUGGUGAAGUCACUGAAUAAAAAAAUGAAAUUGAUUUUUUAGAGAGAAAAAAAUCGGGAUUUUAUUUUUGGCCAAAAUCGUGCAGCCCUAGUUUCACCUCUCGUUGACAGUAAAACAUUAGGUGUCAAAUGUUAUGUUAACUCUGCAAUGGCUGAUAUUUUAGUCAUGAACAAAAGUUAGGGCUGUCAUGAAAUUUGAAGCAUAUCUUGGUUUACAUGCUUAGGAGCAGUCACUUCACAUUUAGUUUCACUGAAGUCCCUCAGUGUCUGCUUUGGGCUGGGCUUGUUAAGGCAUCCAAACAGAUGAUAGCCAGUAUCUCUGAAGACACUUUCGUCGAAACAGGUUUAAUCUUGGGUGGAUGCCACUCCUAAGGAGGGUCUCUUUGUGCAAGAGAUAGAGAGGAAAACAUGAGGUUAAGUGAGGUCUCUGUUUGUGAAGAUUUGAAUAAAUAUUUCCUUUUCCUCCCCUCUUCUCUUCUCAGGGCUCUGGUGUUUAUUGUUCAUGGAGCCGGGGAGCAUUGUGGGCCAUAUGAUGAGAUUGCACAGAGAUUAAAGGAACUGUCCCUGCUGGUGUUUGCACACGACCAUGGUGAGAUUCAAACACACUCAAUGCAUACAUACAAAAUGGAAGCAUUUUCACAUGUACUCAUGGCCUUGAGAUAACUGGUUUUAACACACUGAAAGACAUUACGGUCUUCAAAUGUGAAAAACUGGUCAGUGAUCCAGCAUUUUUAAGAAUGUAGCCUGUGUCAACAAUGCAUAGACCAUCCUUUAGUCCAGAGUUUUGAAGGGACAUUAAGGCCAGCUGAUGUAGUAUGCCUGGUGUGAAAGUCACCAUUGAGUGGAACUAAACUAUGUUAUAGGGGACAACAAAUAGAAAAUAUAAAUAAUGAGUUCUCCCUUUUACUUGGUUAAAUGAUUAUACGCUGUCACCCUCACUAAUCAGCAGUCAUGACCAGUCAGCAUGAGCAGUCAAUUAAAUAGAUUAUUGUAUUUUUUAUGAUUGUAAACCCAAAACAAACAGGGACUGUACCUGGAGUUAGUGACCAUGGUGCCAUAAUGCUAUAAUGUUGUUGUCCUUCGAUAUAAACAAAAACAUAUGACAGUAGUGGGACAGGUUAUUUGGAUCUCGAUCUCGGAGAUACAGUUGUUGAAGCUUGUUAAAAUAGGAUAUAACCACGCGAAUGGAUAAAUGCAUAACCAAUUUAUUUAUUAAGCUACCUGAUGGACUCAAAGGACAUACUGAUUACCCUUCAGGGAUCAAUGAAGUUCUUCUUAUCUUAUCUUAUCUUAUCGCACACACAAAGCUAAUUUGAUAUUAUAAAUCCCGACUCUGUUUAACUCCUGUUUGUCUGUUUCCUGUGUGUUUUGUGGAUUUAGACUUGUCAGUUUGUCAGUUUUACCCUGGUUUUAAAGUGUGAUGCAUGCACAACCUCAUCUGAUCACUCUUGUUAGCAUCCUUGUAAAUGGUGAAGUUGCUCUUCCUAAUCAAAGUAGCUGACUCUAGGCUUUUUUGUCUGUAAUGAGAGGAUGUUUGAAGCCGGUUUUGGAUGUUACAUUUUUAUCCUUUCUAACUAAACUGCUUAAUUUGGAAGGUCUAAUCAGAAGUUGUAUUGCCAACUUGACAGUGGAGUGGUACCUAGAUGGUCAUAUUUUACAGCUUUGGGCCAAAGAUCAGACUGCUGUAUCUGACAGAUGGGAGUAAGGUUGUGUUGCUUGUGCUUGGCUUCAGUGACAGCCCUCCAUCCUCCUCUCUGUCUGAUAACGAGCUUCUUUAAUUGCUGACUGAGGAAGUCGGUUAAGGGGAACAAAUUAGGCCCAGGAGAACUUUUCUUUAUUGUUCUGCAGCAGUGCCACUGUGCAAGUGUAAAAAUGAAGGAUAACUUGACUGGCAGUAUGGAUGAAACUUCAGGUUUUCAUUCAGGUUUUCAGUAAAACUGUUAUCAGCACAGGGGGGAGAAGACAGACCAGUUGGAGAUUCUUUGUAAGGGUGAAGGAGUAAAAACUGGCAACGUUUCAGCAUCACAACUUAAUUUGUCUUGGUUCACCAAAAAUAUCAGUGUCUGAGUGGGCUUUUAAAACCCACAAGACACUUACAGAAAGAAGAGUAACCCUCAAAUCUUUAACAAAUCAAGUCUAUAAAAGCUCAUUAGAGGCAAGGAGAUCAGCAUUCCUGGGAGGGCUGGAGUUACAAGAGCAGCUGUUGAGUGGGAAACAGAGAAGGUUACAGAGAGUUUUUAGCAAUAAAAUGAAAUUCUUCAGUUAAAGUUCUCAAUUACCUGCUCCUGAUGCUAGUAAAAUUAGUGUUAAUCUUUUCUUACAGUUUCAUUUUGUUCGCACCUGAAGGUAAGAAAGGCUAAAACUUGAUGAGCAAAGAUGCAUAUGCUGUAUAUUAAUAUUGGAUUCUCUCCUGUUAACAGAGGAGAAGAAUCCAACAGUCCUGUUGAUCUCCUCUUACUGUAAAAUGGAGCAGUCAUCUGUGUGUGCAGUAAUGUCUUUUUCAUGCUCAAGUCAUCACGACGUUGUAGUUGAUCAGACUGUUAGUGGAUACAUCUGCAAAGUAUCAGCAUCUGUAGAUACUGGACUUGUUCGUGUCUGUAUGCCACGGUGAAUCACUGCCAUACAUGCAUAUGUAGGUAUGAUUAUGAUAAAUUAAAGCCACAGCUACUUUUGUUCAUCAGAUAGAAUAGUAUUAUCUGAAUUCAAAUGAAAAUAUUCCCUUUAUUGGACCGAUAAUGUCAGGAUAGCCUGGUAUAGUGAUGCGUUUGUAUUCCUUGCCUGAAUGAAGCUUUUCUGAGUCGCUUACAUGGUGAGGGCACAUUUCUGCUUAUGCAGUUUCCUAGGUUGAGCAACGUAUGUUUGAUAGAUUUCAACUCAAGAAACUGCCCAGACAUAGUAAUUUCUAAUGGAAAAUGUGAGAUGGGUAAAGAAAUAUGUGCAAACUAAGUGUAUGCUAAGCCCAAGAGCUUUUGGGCAAGGCAAUCACACCCUCAGCUCAGCUCACACGCGGAGCAGGUUUUAAAUACAGCAGGAAUGUGUGAACUCAUGGAGUGUGCAGCAGAUUCUGGCUGUAAAACAACUGCAUGUGUGUUCAGUAAACAGGAGAGCAAGACAAAGAAGUCUCAGCUAAAAGUGUGAAAAUAUUUACAGAGGUAGAGAAUAGUGCAGGCAACCCACAGGUUCUGUGUUGGGCGCGUUCUGUCUCUGUUGCUCUGUCAGACAGCGCACGCUAUCACCCACUGGAAGAGUGUUCGCAGUGUAGCAGCAGUGAAGUGCAGCCCUGGUCAGCUGGACUCAGUAUACAGAAAACAAUAUGCUCACAACAGGUUGUUUUGCCUUUCUGUGGUUGAUUUCCUGCUAAUUUUGUUUUUAUUCUGACUGUUGAGCUUCUAUUGUAUGUGAAAAACAACUUGAUUUUAAAGUUUGGAUUUUUGCAGAUUUACUCAUGUUUCGUAAACUAUGUUUUACUUUGCCGUUACCUUCAGACAGAGUUAGCAGCUAAAAGUCCUGUGGUGGUCCACAUGGAUCAGGGAUAGGCCAUGGGGAUAUUCUGUGUUAAUGAUAAAUCCAUAACCAGGAAGUACUUCUCAUCUACAAGAAUUGAUAAACAAUCAUGCUUGACAUCCUGUCUAGGAUGAUCUUCUCUGUGUACACUGACGCGUGCUGGCCGUGUGCUCCGUUGAAAACAGCCUCAGUGUGUUUCUAUAGCGGAGCAGUGCAUAGAAAUGCUGCUUGGACGGAGCUGAGGCACUUCCUGUGUGCAAUGCUGCAUUGAUUAGAUUGGGAAAAUACUUGUUGCAUAUUGGCAUGCAAUGCUGAUGGAAAGCGCUCAACGCACAUCUUGUAGGUUUUGGGCUUCACAGCCAGCAGAGAUAAUAAAAAGGCUGAGUGAGUGAUGAUGACAGCAAAAUGUCACAUUGAACUGGAAGGUCCCUGUAGACACCAGUUUUCCAUCCAUCUAUCUCAGGACAGCUUCUGUCACAGCAGCUGAAAUUUUGCGUAUUAUUCCUCUGUCACACUGCACUCCUAAUUUGAUGUAUUUCUUUCUAAUUAAAGGACACUUCAGUCUUUUUUAAAUGCCAGCCUGCACAGACUGGAGGUUUCUCCCAUCUGGCACACACUGCAUCUAUUUACCACAUAACAGCCCACAAAUUUGUCAUGCUGCCCACUUGGCUGACAAAUUUCAAGUUUGAAAUACAAAAACAAACUGCCUUUGUUGAAUUUUUUUGAACAAAUAAAAUUAAAUGUACACACAUCACUUUGCUUUCUGCACCAGCACUGACUGAAUAUUUCAUUAUCAGGAAGUGGUGAAAGAAAGUAAUAAUGUACUUUAUUGUGAAAGGCAGAGAUAACAGAGCAGUAGACAGGAACAGCCUGAUGUUGUUUGCUUUUUCAUUAUAGGAAAAUAAUGGAACUCUGACAUUUAAUUAGAUCAGCGCUCGCCAAGUUGCUGAAUUCAUCAGCCUAUGAGGAGAUUGUUUUCCUGCUCAGAGAUCAGUGACUUUUAUGACAGACAUUAAGGCAGCAAACAAGGUAAAAGCAAUCAUAUUGCAUACAUCAUAAAACAGCUAUUACAUCUACAAUAAACACAUUUCAUUCCAUCAAAAACAAACUAGAUUAACAGAAAGCAUGUGCCCAAAUUUUCUGAGUCAUAUUUCUGACAUUUAAUGAAGGACAGCUGAAGAGAGGCAGCAAAUGUAGGGAGUCAAGAGUGGGGGGAGCUACCACUGAGACAAAAACUGUACCCUUAUGGGGUACAUGCUUCAACUGCUGAGCCAACUACCACACCAGUGUCCCAAAGUGUUACACUAAAAGAACACAUUUCUGCUGGCUCUUAGUGCAGCACACUGAGGACUCUGACUCUGACCUACUGCAGCUUUAAAAGGUCCAAUGUGUAGAAAUGGGAAUACUAAUGGAUAUCUAGCAGUCGGAUACUAGAUCAACAUGCUCCCUUGCUCACUCCUCCACCAAUAAGCAAUAGUGGCCUUUGUGGAUAAGAAGCUCCUGUGAUGCAUGACAAGUAUUAUCUUCCAUUUGUCAAGUUUUUACAAUCAAAAACAUCUGUUAAUACAGACUUUUUAACAAACUACAACAAUUGUCUUCUGCUUCGUCUCUGGCUCAUGACCAUUAUAUUUACAACAUGUACUGUAUGUCUCUAGUCUGUCCUUUCUUUGCUAUUGUAGAAAAAUGAUGGUGUCACUGGGUGACAUAUGUCGUUCAUUUGCCAAGUCCUGAAGGAAGAAUCACUCCCCUGCCCUGAAAAACUCACCUCUCCGUGUAUCGCUGUCGGCAAACAACAACACAGCAGCAUGCCCACUAAACAAGCGCAGGUCGUCGUUCUUUUAUAUCACAAAAAAGUGGAGCGAUUAAAAAUAAAUAAACAUCACAGCUGUAGAGGGGAUUCUGCUACUUUUAAAGAUAUCAAAUAGCGUAUUUCUUUAAAUCGGCUGAAAUUAAAUCCUUCUUGCAGGAAAGUUUUUACUCAUGUGUUCAUGUAAAGGCACUAUAAUGCUCUGUUUUAUCUUAGCCUCAGUGAAUAAACCGGUGUUCAGCAGUAAGUGAACGACACUACACCCCCUCCCUCCUCUACCUAAAGUCAUUCGAAAGUAGUUCUUUUCGUUCACCAUGUGGUUCACUGACUGAAACAUUCCAUUCACGUACUGAUAUACAUGUCGUUCACUGACUGUUUCGUUCACUGACUGAAACAUGUCGUUCACGGACUGUUUCGUUUACUGACUGAUACAGGUCGUGCACAGACUGUUUCGUUCACUGACUGAUACAGGUCGUUCACAGACUGUUUCGUUCACUGACUGAAAUAUGUCGUUCACUGACUGUUUCGUUUACUGACUGAUACAGGUCAUUCACAGACUGUUUCGUUCACUAACUGAUACAGGUCGUUCACAGACUGUUUCGUUCACUGACUGAUAUAUAUCGUUCAUUCGCUGUGAGUGAAUCACGAGACUCCGCCCGCCCGCUCGCUGGCUGGCUGGCUGUGUGUCAUUCGCCAGAGUCAGAGGUGGCAGUUUCACUCCCAACCGGCAUGCCAGGCUCGCGGCUGAGCUCAACUGAACUGUAAAAGGAAUGAAUCAGGUCUCAGAGUGAUUCAGUUCACGUUGUUUACCCAGCAGUUUUGUCCUUUUGAAUAAAACGUUCAUGAACGACACAACACCAAUGUUCAUGUGGCAUUUUUCUGAUGCUACAGGAAAUAUCAUGAGAAAACUGUGUGCAAAAUAACAUUUCUGAAUAUUACUGCAUUCAAAUCGCUGUUAAUCUCUGGCAGACCCAAACGGCAGGUUCAGAAUGAUAUUUCCUACGUAGCAAAUCCAAGCUCUGACCCCCAGAGCCCUGCUACGCAGGCCAGACUCUGAGAAAUAGAGAGGAUGAUUGCGGAAGAAGCCUUUGCAUUAGCAGAUUACAAUGCUUGUAGGAAAGCCAAUUAUGAUCUUAGCUUUCAUCAUGUCCCUAAAGACAUUAGUGUCCGAGAACUGAAUAGCUCCUAUGUUACCUGCCACUUCUACUACACCGGCAAUGUUGGACUGUAAGCGAGCAUGAAGAGGAGUGUACAGAGCAGCACUGUCUCCGCCCACGACUCGCAGACAACUUGCUAAUGAGCUACUGGAGCUCUGCAGAAGAAUAGACCUUGAAAAUGACAGGUAACGUGAUUUUGGCUGAAAACUUCAAAAUCACAAUUUACAAACCACUGAGAGCACUUUAAGGAGUUGAAAAAACAAUCAGAGUGGGACUUUAAACACACUAGCAAAUAAUGUUUGCAAAUAAUGUAAUCCAUUUCUACCCAAUCUGUUUGUUUAAAUGCUUCCUAAUACUACACACUGCACCUUUAACACUGAAACAAAUAGUUUUUAAACAGUAUACAGACACUCACUAAAUUGUUUAUAAAGCCUAUGAUAGCCAUAAUAGUGAUAUUACGAUAUGCAGCUGGAAAGGCUUUUUAAAUGUAGUAUUUUACAAAUUUGUAUUGUGCUUCAAAACAAUAAUUUGAUAGUGUGGUAUUGUUCAUUAUAAGCUUUAACAGGGUGUUUUACUCAUCAGUUUCUAUAAGAGAAGUUAUUACUCUGAACAAAUAUGUUGCCAAAACUUUUUUAACACUAAAGCACACUAAUGUGCCUUAGUGCCUUACUAAAACAAGUGCAACAAGAGUUGAAGCGGAGACUGAACAUGGCAAAGCUGGAGUACAAAAAGAAGACAGAGAAUAAUCUACAACACAGCAACAUCCGUGAAGUGUGGAGAGGAAUCAGUAUCAUCUCUCGACACAGCAGUCAAAAGAAAAGACAUCCAGUGGUGGGUGAUGUGGAAAGAGCUGAUAAACUCAACCUGUUCUUCAACAGAUUUGACACUGCUGUCACUUCCACUUCCACUCCUACUUCACCUUCCUCUCUGCAACAAAUCUCCACUACAACUUAUCCCCUUCCUCCUCCAUCUCAUUCAAAUGUCUCAACCCCUUCAACUGCCUCCCUCCUAGAGCACCAGUCCUUGUCUGUCACCAAAACAGAGGUGAGGAUGGAGCUUGGAAGACUUGGUCCUGGAAAGGCAGCUGAUCCAGAUGGUGUGUGUCCAAGGCUGCUUAGAGACUGUGCUGCAGAACUGUGUCAACCUCUCCACAAGAUCUUCAACCUGAGUCUACAGCUGGGGCGGGUACCUGCUCUGUGGAAAACAUCCUGCAUUGUGCCAGUACCAAAAACAAAAUGUCCUGCUGAACACAAUGACUACAGACCAGUGGCCCUCACUUCACACAUCAUGAAAACUCUGGAGCGGCUGAUUCUACACCCUCUGAGGUCUGAGGUCAAAGACAAACUGGAUUCCCUGCAGUUUGCAUACAAAGAACACAUUGGAGUGGAUGAUGCUGUCCUCUACAUGCUUCACCGUGCCCUGUCUCAUCUGGAGGAACCUGGGGUUUAUGUGAGGAUCAUGUUCUUUGACUUUUCAAGUGCAUUCAACACCAUCCAACCUACCAUACUCAAAGACAAGCUCACAGAGAUGGGAGUGGAUCAUGCCUGUGUUUCCUGGAUCGCAGAUUACCUGACAGGAAGGCCGCAGUUUGUCAGGCUGGGGAACUGUGUUUCUGGGACAUUAAUGAGCAGCACAGGGGCUCCACAAGGGACAGUGCUGGCGCCAUUCCUGUUCACACUGUAUAUGUCAGACUUCAAAUACAGCACAGAGUCCUGCCAGAUCCAGAAAUACUCAGAUGACACUGCUAUUGUGGCAUGUAUCAGAAAUGGAAAAGAAGCUGAAUACAGAGAUCUGAUAAGAGCCUUCAGUGACUGGAGUCACAAAAACUGCCUCCUCCUCAGCACCUUAAAGACAAAGGAGAUGGUCAUAGACUUCCGUAGAUCCAAACCCCGUCUUCAGCCAGUGAACACCUGUGGAGUGGACAUCGAAGUGAUGACAUCAUAUAAAUAUCAAGGUGUACAUCUGGAUAAUAAGUUGGAUUCGUUUAAGAGUAUAGACUUCAUCUACAGAAAGGGGCAGAGCCGCCUCUUUUGCCUGAGAAGACUCCGAUCAAUAGACAUCUGUAGUAAGACGCUGCAAAUGUUUUAUCAGUCUGUGGUGGCAAGUGUUUCUGUUCUACGCUGCAGUCUACUGGGGAAGAAGCAUCAAACACAAAGAUGCAAGACGUCUUAACAAAUUGGUAAAAAAGGCUGGCUCUGUGGUUGGACUCAAGCUGGACUCAGUGGAGGAUGUGGUGGAGGGAUCUACACCGAGGAAGGUGGAGACUAUUCUAAAGAACAUGUAUCACCCACUUCACAACACCUUGAUGGACCAAAGGGCAAAUGGUGGUGGACGGCUCCUCUCUCUUCGCUGCAGGACAGAAAAAUUUAGAAGAUCCUUUGUACCAACAGCCAUCAGGCUUUAUAACUCUUAUGUAAAUAAUAGAUAACUUUUAUAGACAUAUUACGUUAGACAACAGACAAUUGAAUUUCCCUUCAGGGAUCAAUAAAGUUCUUCUUAUUCUUAUUCUUAAUGCUUUUUUAUAACUUAAAAAGCAAGUCAGAUCAUCGGCGACAAGGUUGAUUUUUAUAUUGUAAGUUUUAAUGUCUGGAAGCUGUGUAAGGGGGUAGGUAGGUGUCAACUAAACAUCUGUAGAACUCACCUGUUUUUACAAUUUACCGCAUAAAAAAACUGACUAUUAAUGAUAGAUUUCACUGUCAGAAGUCAGUUGGAGAAAAUUUUCGUCAGAAGACACUUAAAACUUGAAGGGGAGAAUAAAAAGAAAGAACUGUCUAUUCAAAAAGGGUCACCCUGUGUCAUCAUCUAUCAAAUGACAACAGUGCAGUAAUAACUUAAGAACCUUUAUCUCUUUCUUCUAACUUUUCAAGAUGUCACCUGGGGCUUUAAGAGACAAUAAAUGACGUAUUGCAUCAUCACCCUAAAGGGAGAGUUGGGUUAUUAGUGUUCACUAUACAGUUUGGCUCCUGUUUGAAGGAGCUGGCCAGGGCUCCUACAGAGGCUAAGUUACGUGUGGCAUGUGGUCCAGAGUCACAUGUAUUUAGUCUUUGAAAAGAGUCUCACAUCUUAAAAUCCUUACUGCUCAAACAUACUGUAUAAUUUUAAUUACUUCGCCAUGCCACCUGAACAUCAGACAACCUUUUCCCAAUGCUCUCUCACUACACACAACAUCCCUGUGUGUUUCUGGGUGCAGCACAUUAUAUAAGACAGCUGGAUCAGCACAUAAGAAUAACAAUGCACUGAUUUCAUUUACAACAGGGGCAUAAUACACUCACUAUUUGUCAGAGCCUUAUACACCUUUAAAACCUUGAACUAUUCCUUUAAGUUCUAAGACCUUAUGGCAAAGAAAAAAGGUCUGUUUUUAAAGAGCAUUGUGUUCUACAGUGUGCUCAUGUGUGAAUACAUGUGUGUGUUCAUUGGAGUGUAAUAACAAUAGAUGUGGGUUCAACAGAGUGUGCGCUCAUCGAUCUGGGGGAGGGGAUAUUGUGUGCAUCGAUCUAGAAGUUUGCUGUACUCCAUCAUUCUCUGCUGCUCUUACUGGACAUUGAUUUUUCUUCUAUAUUGACACUGAUAAACAAACAGAACGCUUAAAGACUUUCACUUAAAUACAGCUUAUAUUUAUACAGUACAGUACUAAAAUACACAGGCACACACUUGAAGAUCACAGAGUGAGAGAAGGUGUGAGCUGCACAUGUUGUGAAUGUUUAGGAGCUCAGCUGUGUUAUUUGUUCAUUGGUCACCAUGGUAACCUAGCUCACCUCUCAGAGGGCUUUAGGAGAGUGCAAAAACACAUGAAUGCAAACACACAUGCAUAUUCAUGUAUAUUCCUCCUCUCCAUCUGUCAAUCACAUUUCUCCUCUGAUGUCCCUGCUCUUUCCUCUGAUCUUCUUCUUCAUGUUCUUGUCAGACCUUUUUGCUCUUUCCCUCUCAUUUAUAGAAAGCUACAUGUCAGUCCCUCCCUUUCAUCAUACAUGACUCCUUGCUUUACCAGAUUAUGGUCUUCUAGCUAUCUUGAAAGUGGUUCCAAGGCUUGUACUGUAAAGAUGUCCUAGAAUCUUUGGACUUGGCAGCUGUUUUCUUCCCGAUCAAAAAAAUGUAAACAAAGAUUUGCUGAUAUAAGAAAAUGUUUUGUUUAUCCUCAUGCAGACAGUCUGGGUUUGAUACCAACCUCCCCACUUCCUCCAUUUCCUUCUCUAUCCACCACCCUGUGUUCUAUUUCAUUUAUUUGGCACACAUAAAGGAUUGCAUAAAAUCUUAUAAUGGAAAUGGAAAUGAUGUGUCUAGAGAGGUCAAGAAGCCAAGGACUUCACCUUUCAGAAAAACCCAUCUAUCUUUUGCUGCUUUUCCGGAGUCAGGUCGCAGGGGCAGCAGCCUAAGUGAGAAGCCCACACCUCUCUCCCCUGGCCACUUCAACCAGGUCUUCCCAGGGGACCCUGAGGCAUUCCCAGGCCAGCUGAAAGCCAUUGUCUCUCAUGGGUGUCUAGGUCUUCUCAGUGGUCUCUUACCAGUGGGACGUGCCCAGGACACCUCACCAGUGAGACGUCCGGGAAGCAUGCUGUUCAGAGAUAAAUGAUAAAAAUGAAAGACACAAUGUGUAAUGAACACAUUCAAAACUCAAGAGACUGACAAUAAACAAUCCAGUUAUUUUUUACCUAAACAAAAAUCUUAUCAAAAUCAUAAACUCACUAUGAAGUUGAUGAAGAAGAGAGAAAAGUUGUGAUACAAGACAACAAAGACUAGACAUCUUAAACUACAUGUAAUGACAAUUUACUUUUUUACUUCAGGCUUCCAAGAGAAGAUAAGAACAGUCAAUAUGUGAGUCCUACUUUGAGCACUCAUAUAAAAAAAAACUCCUUUAUGCAAAGGUCCUUUAUUAAAACAUUAUUCUCUGUUGAUCUUUUAUUGCCACUUUUAAGAUACAGAUGCAGUAAUGAGGGAAGAACAGUCUGUUCAGUCACUUGUUCUCGUUUCUUUUGAUACAGAUAAAUUCUAAAUCUCUUAAAAUCGCAGAAGCCAUAAAAAUCUCUACCCUCAUCACACCUUCAUACUUUCAUAUUGACCCCACUGAGACGUCCUGGUGUGUCACUUCACAACAUGUUCCUGCUCCCAGGGAUCUUUGUAACGCCUGUUUGGUGAUUUUAAAUGUCAUUUUAACUUUGAAUUUCUCUGUGCCUCCCUCAACUAUAUUUCUUGUCUGCAUCCCUUCAUCACUUCAUUCCUCCUUAUCCUCACUGCUGUCUCCACAUCUAGUCAUCCGCCUUCUUUUGAGCUCCUUCCUGUUUUCCACCCACCCCUUCUCAAGAUUGAUCCACUUUCCACAAGUCUGAAAGUCAGCACCACAGUCUCUCAAGCUUUUCUGGCUGAAAAAAAUAAAGACAUAUCAGAGUUUUGUGUAACACAUCAGAAAUAACAAGUUAUAAAUAUUUUGGAAUCCAUCUGGAGUUUAACCGAGGGAAAUCUUCAAAACUUGUCUUAUUUACCUAGUUUGUACUUUCAAACAAGUUACGAAACAUUUCUGAUAUUUGUUUAUCUCACAGGCUGUGGCUCUAGUUUUAAGAAAAGCAAGUGAUGCUUUUUGAUUUAGGAUGAAAUCAUGAGCCCAUGGUCUUGGAUCUAUUAUCCUCUUUUGUUCUCCUUUGGUACUGUAGGAGUUUACUUUGUCUCCUCACAUCUGCCUCUUGUUCUCCACAGUUGGUCACGGUCAGAGUGAAGGAGACAGGAUGAAUGUCAAAGACUUCCAGGUAUACAUCAGAGACUCCCUGCAGCAUAUUGACCUGAUGAAAAGCCGCUACCCUGACCUGCCCAUCUUCAUCCUGGGUCACUCCAUGGUAGGGGCCGUUCUCUACUUUACUUGUUGAGAAAUCAGGAGGAAUUUUUGUGUCCAUUUCUUUUUUUUCACUGAAGUCACAUGAUUAUGACACUGAAACUCUGAUCCUUAAAGCCUCUUUUGCACACUGACAGGGGGAGCUGGUGUGCCUUGAGUAAAAAACUGCAUAAAAACAGGGUGUGCUGAAUUUUGAAUGGAGUCAUUUCUACUUACUUUUAUAUAAAUAUAGGAUCUGUAUACUGGCGCCUCAGUUUUCAACAUGAGCAGUGUUCAGGUUUCCUAUAGUAUUACUUUUUUGUCCUAGUGGCACUGACUAUUCACCUAUUUUCCCCUUUUUUACAAAUCUGCAAAAUUUAAAAACUGUAAAUUACCACACAAUUACCUUUUUGGGGCUCCUACCAGCAUCAAACCUCUCUGUAUGCAUGUGUGUCAAUUAACUAGCCAGUCUUUAUUGAUAGAGCCCCAGUUCACAACAUACGUUAUCCCAAGAUGUUCAACAAAAAGGCUGGUCUUGACCAGACUCUACUUUCAUAGACCAAAUGUCAAGACAGGAUCAGACUGUAAGAACAGACCCACUCCCAUCCCAUCUUCAACCACAUGAGUGAACCACUUCACAGCGUUUAACAAGUCACAGUGAAGUGGAAGAACUUCCUUUAACAGGCAGAAACCUCGAGUUGAACCAGACUCAUGUCAGACAGUCAUCUGCUGAAACUGAGCUGGGUUUAGAGAGGGGAGAGAGGGAGAUAGAGAAAGAGAGAGAUGGACAGAGGAGAGACUGAUGUUUGCAACCUGUAACAUGAUAAAGCUCAGAGACUCCCAGAAAACCCCCUACUGUUAAACUGACACUGACAUGAAAUGAGUGAAAAAGCAGUACUCCAAGAUAUUUGAUGGACACAGAAAAGGUCUCAGAACAGAUAAGGAAGUCUUGGCAGGGAGACAUUUACCACUACCUUCUAGCUACAUUGGAAUUAGUUAAAAGUCAACAUCCAUUCCCAGAGGCAUACAGUAUAUUGCAUUUCAUUGUCAGCUCAUGACUGAGGAUGACUGUUGAUUGGUUAAGAUCUUAUGAAGUUUAGAAAUGAAACUCUCUUGGGCAAUGUAGUGACUGUAAAAUCGACUCACUUUGUGAGACCGACAACAGGGAUACACUUUGGGCUCUAUUUUCGUGUCCGCCGGUGUGGCGGCAGAGGGUGGCGGACCCCGUGCAGUGGUAUUUUUGUCUGGCGGAGCCCAGCACACAGACAGUUUGGUAUUUUCGUGGACUGAGGCGCACCGAGGUCCGCCAAGCUGGGCGUGGUGGCGAGGCAGGGGGAGGGGUCGACAGAAUCAGCGGGUGAAGUGACAUUUUCGUGCUUGCCAGUGGCGUGUAUAGUACGCUGGAAGCUCGCCAAUUCAAACCUGGUCAGCUUUCAGCGCAGGCUAAGCGGAGCUGGUCUAGAGGUAUUUUAGUAGACCGGCGGCGUAUCGGCAUACGUCACUGAUGCCUCACUGGCAGGUUUCCACAGUGUCAGGCACAUUUCAGUGCAAUAAAUAAUCAACAACUAUUAAUCUGAGUCAGCACAUACAUUUAGAUCUAUAUAGAUAUAUUCUGAUCUAUAUCUGAUCUGAUGAGUGCGUUUGGCACGCAUUUGGACACACAACCUGACCGAAUCAACACAACUGAAACCGCAUUAAAUUAAAUUAAAUAUCUAGUAAAUAGACACACAUAAAGAAGUUAAGAAGAUAUGUAAUUUGUCUCCCUACCUUUCUUUCUUCCUCUUCCUCUUAUUUCUCGCGCAGCUCGACCUGGACACGUCUCCAUGUCCUCUCGGUGUCCUCUCCCCGUCCUGCUGCAGCUGCUGCCGCAGCGGCUGAACAGAUGAUUUGUUUCAGUGAUCAGAUGAAUUGUUUACUUUAAGCCUACAUACGAAUAUUAUAAUAUUCCGUUUUGUGAGCCAAAUUCAUUUUAUAUGCCAACAUCUAUGAAAGAAAGUGCCAGGCCACGGAGCGCGAUUCAUCAUUACGCAAAGAUGGUUCCGAUUUUAAUGCCAUUUUUGGAAUUUAUGAUGUGAUCUGUGCGCACAACCCACCUUUGUCACUUGAGGUUUGAAUAUAUGCAACUUUAUGUGAGUGUCUUUAUUUGUGGAAAAGGGUGUUUGUCUUACCAGUGGGUUCAAACUUACACACACCAAAUCCAUAUGUGCUUAUAUGAGACAGUGUGAAGGAGGCCCUCUGCAGCAUUUACAGCGACACUUGUUGAGGAGCUGCCUUCGGUUGCCAUCGUGUGGCAUUACUGUCUUUAGACACCUCUUGAUCUCUUUGACUACUUCACGAAAAUUGUAAUAUGCCUCGCCGGUGGCGGAUUUACAGGCGAGGAGAGGAGCUGAUGUUAUUGGUCAAUACAGGUCUUGGCUGUGUUAAACCCACUCCACGCCCUCUCUCCUCCCUUGCUACGACUUACGCCGCUGGGAGGAGCUGAGUUAGGGAGGGGGGAUACGCCAGGCUGUGCCGCUCACCAAAAUACCAAAUUGUGCUUGGGAAUGCUUUGUCGGCGCGGUGGACCUGACUUACGCUGCGCCUGCGUCACGUCUCUGGGGAGGCACGAAAUAGAGCCCUUUGUGUUACCACAACACCAAUCAGCUUUCUUUUCCUACAGAGGAGACCAUUGUAAGUUCAGAAACUAUCUGGAUUCAUCCCUCAAAAAUAUGAGUAAUCUAUGAUGAUUUAUGACUUGGUGAAAAAGUGUUACUUUUGUUGUUACCUGAUCAUGCUGGGUGGAAGCUGCCAUUUUUAACUUGAUCUGUUGACUAAUUAGAGGCAUUGUCUACAAUUAGCUGACCUGUAAAGGUAUAGUUAAAGCAAGGGCAGCCUGAAGCAGAUGUUACAUUAUAGAAACACGACAAUUGUUUUGAAUGGACUCAUCCAUAACCAGGAAGUAUUUCUCAUCUACACAAACUGAUAAACAGUCAGGAGUCCGCAUAUGGUGUUUUAUUUUGGAAUUUACUGGAUGACUUGCCCAUCUCCCAUGUGUGACAUCCUGCAAAGGACGAUCUUCUUUGUGCAGAUUAAUGCGCGCUGAAUGCGUGCUCCAUCAUUAAUAGUCUUGGCGCAUGUCUUAAGCAGAGCAGCGUGUAGAGAUGCCUCUGGGACGUGGCUGAUACACGCUUCAGCACUUCCUGUGUGCAAUUAAAAUGGUUGAUUAGAAGGGAACGUAUUUGCUGCAUAGGACAUGACGCUGAUGAUGGGUUCUGGGCUUCAAACAUCAUUUUCUAUAUAAUUUAACCAUCAAUUGCAUUUUCAGAUAAUAAAAACUUAUAAUUAAGACAUUAUAAUCAGAGUUAUCUUAAAUAUGGGUCAAUUCAGUUGUCUUGAGCAUUUACUGCACAAGAGUGGACAGGGUGAUAAUGCCAUUAAUCCAGGGGAGUUUUGCUGCUUCUUUUCACUGUUUGUGUACAUAACCAGUAUUAUAAUUUUCUUCGUUGUGUUUCUAUUUUAAAACAUCUGUAUACAUUGUAUAGUGAUGUUAACUCAUGAAAAUUUAAGGAUCUCUUUGACUACUUCACGAAAAUUGUAAUAUGCCUCGCCGGUGGCGAGGCAUAGUUAUACAGAGUUAUACAGAAAAAUAUCAGGAUUUAUUCAUGUAAAGGGGUUUCAACAUUUGCUUGCUUUUACUGUUUUGUGCACAAUUGCACAACAAUUUUUCAGUGCUCCUUGUACAGUAAGCUCUACACACAGAAAAAAGCAGCUGCAUGAAAUUCAAAGGCAAGCCCUGUUUGAGCACAGGAAUGAAUAAUACUGACAUCAGUGUGAAGGGUUUUCUGCAACAUUGUGACAUUCAAAUAAAAGGAAGGCCCACACUCCUCUUUCAGCGUGAAGUAGUUUAAGUCCAAAAAUAGACAGCCAUGAAAAAGCAGAGAGCAUGUUGUUCUGCUCAGAGCUUAACCAGUACAAUGAUAAUCAAUCAAUCAUCUUCAAGGAGGGACUGGAUUAUACAGUGACAUUUUUAAAACACCACGCUUUGAUGACAUUUUAUUUGUCUGGUUCAGUGAACAUCAUUUCUGUGUCAGGAUGAAUCCUGUAAUCUUAUAAGAGUUCAGGAAAGGACACUAUCAUCAACCCUUCUCAAAGAAAACUCCCGCUUACCUUUUACACAGUGACACAGAUUUGACACAGCGUGGAGCUGCUGGGCACUGUUGGUCUCCAGUGGAAAAGCUGCAGGUUCAGUGACCUGCUUGAGGGUAAUGUUGCUGUGUUAACAGAGUACAGCCAACCAGAGAGGCACAUCAUGUAUUACUGGUGUUCUGAUGCUCUGUUUGUGUCUGUCCAUUUUGGAUGGCAGUCCGUUAUUAUUCAGUUGUAUUCUGACAUUCCUCCACGCUUAUUGAAACACAUUAAACAAUGCAGUGAGUGUUAAAAUGUUAUUUUGAUGACAUUAUAAUAAACAUUUCUUUAGCAAGGCGAAUUUGGGGCUGCAACUAAGAGUUAUUUCAUUAUUCAUGGAUCUGCUGUUUUUCAGUUAAUCAUCUACAGUUGCAUUUCACCUCAGGUUUUUAUUUGGAGAUUUUCUGGAUGGGGGGGGGGUUAUUACAUUAGAACAGAGAGAGGAAGGGUGGGAGACAGUGAGAGAGAGGACAACAGGCAGCAAAGGGCCAUGGCUCGAAAUAAAAGCUGCAGCAGCGAGGUUCCAGCUUGGGUACAUUGUGGUAGGCUGUGCAAACUUUGGGUGAGCAAUCGGAGCAGCCCAGGGUAUGGUGUUUAUUUGUUUACUGUGAGAAAGUUAUAUUAAAGGAAUAAAAGAUGAUGGAGCUUCAGCCUUAAGAAAAAAAAGAGAGAAAAAAAAACAGAAAUACUAAUGUAUAUUUGAGCAGUAAAUAUGUGGUCACAUUAGUUUGUUAUUAAAGUCAGAGUCAGUCAAACAGCAGCUGUGCACAGACUGUUACUAUUACUGUCACUGUGGUUGUCAGGCAACCAUCACCUUUGUAAGAUAGACAGCACACAGAGGUAUAGCUUAUCAAACCAACCAAGAUGUAACAACACAGUUUUGGGUUCUAUGACUCUGAGUAACAUUUCAACUUGGGCUUCCAACAAAGCAAAGCCAGUUUUCCUCUGAUUGCUGGAUUUAUGCUAAACAUUCCUUUUUGGUUCAGACUCUGUAAAUCUAUACUAGGGAUGUUCUUGUUUAAUCGAGUAGAUGAAUAAACAUCAUUACCCUUACCAGCCAGCACUGAUCAUUGACUGGUUGAAUAAUUAUUUUUAUUUAUUUACUGGUUAUGCACUAUGUCUAAACUGCACUACCACCUGUAAUUAGCCAGGCUGUAGCUCCUGUUAAUGGCUAUUGCUCUUAUGGUAUUAUACUCUUCAGGCCAUACAAAAAUGAGCUGAUAGCAUGUCACAGCAAGGUUGUUUAGCAGUAUUUUGAUCCAGAAAAUGGUGAGUAUGUUGUAUGUUGGUUGUGUCUGCUCAAAUUAUCACAUCCAUAGACUUUAUAUGCUGUGGACGACUUGGCUCCGCCUUCCGUCAUUAUUCGAAUUUGAAGCCAAAUUGCCCUCAGUAUUUCCAGGGUUUUCUCCACUUCCUGGAACCACCACUUUAGCAGUAGUAUUGUAUGUACUCGGCGGGAGAGUCGCUGUGAUGACCCUCGACUCAAACAGCGUUUCCCCAGGGUGAGCUACACAAUCUUCGUACGCCCAUAGGCUGUAUCAAGUGUCAACCAGAGAAGAACAUCAACCCCCCUAAUAACUUUUUAAAAAUGGAGCUGCACAGAACAAAGAGGACUUGAGCACAAACCAGUCUGACAGUAACUAAAGUUUGUCCACAGCUCCAUAGGGAUUGCUGGAGGAGGCAGGAUUUAUGACCUACACUGCAGCCCGUCACCAGAGGGUGCUGUUCUCGGGUGGCUUCACCCAGUGAGGAGUCCGAGGGCGUCCAUUCUAUAUAGUGUCUAUGAUCACAACUAUGUCCAGACCAUUGUAUAACCACCACACAAAGGAUAUCAAACUGGGCCAGUGUCGGGAGUUUGAAGUUUGAAUAGUUUCAAGGAUUAAAAAAUUAGUAGCCUUAGAACAACUCAACAUAUUACGGUGACAUUUCAUUAUACUUCAUGUGCAAUAGAAAACACAUAAACAACACAUAAUAUAAAUAUUUCCAAAUGGAAUAUUAUAGUUUAUAUAGUAUAGUAAUAUACAUGUUUUUAUUGAUAUUGUCGUAAAUUUUAUUACUUAUUGAUGUGUUUUAUUGUUAUUGCUUAACUCUGUACAGCGUCUUUGUGUUUUUGAAAAGCGCUUUACAAAUAAAAUGUAUUAUUAUUAUUGUUAUUAUUAUAGUGAAUAAACCAUCAAAAGGCUUCAUGUUUUUCAUAGGAACAUGCUGCAUCUCUGAUGACUGAAACAGCAGUCAUCAGAGAUGUUUGCUGAUUCCUCUCGGAAGGAAAAGCUUAUUUUAGGCUUAUGUAACUACAGCUCUCACCACUGUUAGGUAAUUAUAGGCAAACAUUCACUUUUAUACAAAUAUUGUUUCCUGUUCCUGCUAAUAUCUCUCCCACAUGCUUGACUACUGAAAGUAUAUUUGCUUGACAUAUAUCAGGGAGCUGUGCAGAGGCAUUUUAAAAAUCUUGUGGCCUUAUGAAAUCUGCAGACAUACAGCUUCAGUAGAAUGUUCAUUGAGAAAAAUUACAUAAAGGCUGUGCAGCUUAAAAGCCGGCAAGGGAACUAUUUUUAACUGCUCAGUUUAUUCAUUUUUUUUCUUAGAGCUGCAUUCAAUAUCACUCCUCGCACUGUUUUUCUCUGUGACCCACUAACUCUCAGCACGACAAACAAAGCACAAACAGUAGUGAUUUGUUACAUAAUAAACCGUUUCUGCCAGUGUUUUGUAGGUCAAUUCAAUGCCUUAGCCAAAGAGCCUUUCUCUAUUGGUAGAACAAGCCACUCAGAUUCUGUAUUUUUAGAGAAUGAACCUAUGGUUUCAUGAAUCUUGUGUAGGUAGCUCUAGCAUGGGUAAAGUAUUCUGCAUUGCACCGAAAUGAAGUUUAAUUUCCUGUCAGAACACACAAUGUUUCUAGUCUUUUAGCUCACAACUGGAAAACUUUUUUUUUCUGUGAACAACUCAUUCUUUUUUUUUCUGAAAAUGUCAGUACUUCUGUUUUUGCUUAUUAAGAAAAUCUUAGCAGCAGAGGUACUCAUUCACUUAUGAAUAUGUUCAAGAGGCAUCACAUCUAGAAUACAGGUGACCUUUAUUAGUUUUUCCACAUUAAGGCUGUACUCUGCUGGGGUGCUGUGAAAUUGCCCUCAUUUUUGAGUGCCUUGUUAUUGGAGGAAAUCUUAAACAAGAAAACACAGAGGAAAGACCGGUACACCAGUUUGACUGAGCCACAAAUUCAUCUACAGACUGCAACAAAUGAAAAAAGUAGUCUCUUUUUUUUACUAAGACAUGGACAGGCAAAAUGAUCAGUGCUCACAGUGCAAAAAGAUGAGAAAACAGUAGUUAUCUAACCUCAACACUUAUGAGCUCAUGAACACAGUGGGUUUUAUUAUGGUGCUGUAUUUUUUAGUUCAAUGACUUACAGUGAACAAAUUCAGUGGAGGUUUGUUUUGAUUGAAAAAACUCCUCAAUUUGAGAAAAAUAGCUAGUCAAAGUGUGCGCUCCGUUACUGAUGGCUAAAUUGGCUGCAGGUUGUAGGUACUUGCCUUACGAUUAUAUUAAUGGCUACCCAGGCUGAGCCACACCAGUUGCUAGCAGGACUGUAAUUCAACAUGGCAUAAACAGAUGUUACCAAGAAGGGCUAAACAGCUGCAGAGAAACCCCACAUUUUGGACUUUGCUAAACAUGUAUGAAAUCCUCUCUUAGAAAAUCAGCUGAAGACAUCCAAAAGAGACUGAAUGUUACACACUGGUGUGACUUGCGUGUUCAAUUUUACAGUUGUUACAUUUAUCACAAUAAUGUCAAUCAUUGAUCUAUUUUACUGUGGUUGAUUAGUUUUAAUAUCAAACCCUAAGAAUAAUAAACAGAUUAAAAAAUGUGAAUUUGUUAUAACAAAUGAGAGCAAUUAUUUGGAUGGACACCAGAGUUUAUUCUGCGUGCUUUCACACUUGUCGCAGUCAGGUGUAGCUAUGCUUGCUAUCAGCUGCUUUCACAUCACUUUGCGCUAAUUCAGUGUUAUGUUGGAUUUAGGAGAAAAAUACAUGCCAAGCCAUCCUGUAAAAUAUAAAGAAAAAAUAAAGAUAAAAAAUAACAACUGUGAGAUAGAGUUAAUAUACAUCUCCUUAAUUUUCAUUUAUCCCAUUUCAUAAUGUAAUGGGGGCUAAAAGAAUAUUGAACGAUAUUGUUGUACAAUUCACUUCCUUACAUUUUGCAGGUCUAGUGAAUGGAUAAAUUGGUGAAGGAUGACUGUUGUUUGACCUUGCAGCUUAUAAAGUGUUGCCAUUUUUUGCAUAGCUUUGUUAUUUACGUCUGCAGGAUUCAGGGCUUUCGGGGGAACAAGAAAACCGCUGAUGCAGAAAAGGUAGUUUUGACUUUAAUGAUUUCUGAGAAGACUGCAGUUAUGAGACAGUUUUCCAUCACAGCUUCUUUGAUUCUGAGAGAUACGUUUUGUGCGGAUUUAGGCCAUUACAAAAAUGUAUUCAAAUUCUUUUCUGCUUCAGAGCACACUGUGUAUGUUUAACACCAAGCUGCCUCCUCUCAGGACUUCUCCUGGUAAAUAAGGUCAUUUGUAAUUUUAGGCUAUGAAUUAAGCUUUGGAUGCUUUUCAUAACGUUCUGUGUUAUUCAUGAGCCUGAUUUUUAAAACCUUUUAUGGCUGAUGCUUCCCAGUGCAACAGGACUGUGUUUAUAAAAAGGCUGUGGUUCAGUCCAAAACAACCCGAGGUGGUUAGAGCACAGACACAAGUAGUGUUGUGUAAAUUAAACUGGGAGAUGGAGGCUGAGUGCCUGUUUAGACAUCAGAGUCUGUAAAUAUUAAGACAGAGCCAGCCAAAGUCACAGCAGUACAUUCUCAGUCUCUCACUUCUCCCUGUGCCACUUUUUCAUCCCUUUUUUCUCUCUGUUGUCUGUCAUCACACUGAUACAUCUCUGCUUCUGACAUUUUAUCAGAUGUUCUCACUAGCUGUCAUGUAACCACUCCAUGUGUCCUACCAUUAUCUGUUUUCAUUUCCUGUCGGAACCACAGUGGUUUUCUCUGCCCAUUAAUUCUCUUAAUCCUGUAUCUACAGAACAUUCUGAGACUAUGCAGUUAUUUAAGGUACAACAGAUGUGAGGCCAUCAAGACCUUUCUGCGUGGCCUCACAUCUGUUGUAUCCUUGGGAACAGGGCUGGAGGAAAACUUUUCUACUGGGGCAGCCAAAUGGGCACACAGACUAUUGUGCGGUGGCUAGGCAUUGAACACACAAAGGGUUUACCCCAAACAAUAGACAGUAUGUAGUAUUGACAACUUGAAGCCUAUCAUCAUUGGGCGAAUUUGAAUUUUUCUCCAUUUCCUGAAAUUGGCAUUUGCGCAGAAGCGUUUGGCAGGAGAAUCGCUGUGAUGAUGCUGCGCUUCAACAGCCUGUCCCCCACAUGAUCUACAGUAACUACAUGUCAACAUCACAACCAGGGGGUAGAAACAUUUUUAUGACUUGUAUCUAAUUUCUAAAGUUUGGCCACAGCUCACAGCUUCUCCCAGUAAAGAGGCAGAUGGCAUCCUUUUGAUAUACAGUCAAUGCCCCAAACCUAGGAGGGUUAUCUCUAGUAAUGACACCUCUAACUUGUUAUUUUGAUGAACCUAUCAGAUAAGAAAUGAACAAAGAAAAACCUUACAGCUGAAUGUAAUUUUUUAAUGACCCAAAAGAAGAUGUAAGAUGAGAUAAGAUAAGAAGAACUUUAUUAAUCCCUGAGGGUAAAUGAGAUGUUUGACCAAAGUUAACAUUUAGUGCUAUUACAAAGACAAGAGCAAAGACAAAUAGACAAAUCAUGGUUCAAGAUCUCAUAUUGGUCAGUGGCCAAUCAAAUUUGGCAACCCCUGGCCACCCAGUGGUUUCACUACUCUCUGUGACAUCUGAAGGCACUAAACAACUUUUUGUCAAACCAUCAGCUAGGACUGAAAGAUAAGUUGAUUAGAUUUUAUUGUGUGAGGACAAAGUCCACCAUGAUCUAAAAGACAACCAUAAACUUACUAUAAUUUUUUAAUUUUGUGCAAAUAAUCAUGACAUUUAACACAAAUUUCUAAAGGAGAAAAUUUAAAACGAUUAUUUUAACCUGAAAGGUUACAAGCCAUCUUCAAUGACUCUCUUGACAUCUUGCAGAAAACCUUGAAAAUACUAUUCGAAGCCUUUCUUUGUUUAUGUAAUUUUUCAAGAAUAGCAGGAGUAUAAUUUACACCUGUCUAACUUCUAUAUUUGUAUUUAUGGUUUAGAAUAAUGUAAUUUUAGAUAGGCUGCAGCCUCCCCUUGCUCCAACCCUGUGCUGUUCUGCUGUCACUGUGGGAGUUCACUGGCAGUCACAUGAUCUGCAGAGAAAGAGUUAACACGUAAUUGAUGUUAACUUGUCUUGACCCUAACCUGAUUGGUUGGCUGAGGAAUGCAGCCACAAAGGCCGUAAUUUGACUCAUCCUGUCAUUUGUUUUGCUUUAAUUUCAUUUUCAUUUUCAUUUGUCCUCUUUGGCCUUUCCUUUUUCUCAGUGUCUUCUUGGUCUUCUUCCUUUCUUAGACAAACAAUAAAUCCAAGCCCUGAAGUUUGGGGAAACCCAACCCAAAUCCAAUUUUGUGUCACUGUGUUUUUACAGGCCCCAUUUCCCAUCUUCCCACUGUUGUGACUCCCCAUCCUGUUUCUACUAGCCUGUUCCUCUUCCCCUCAGUGUGUAUGGGUCUCUGUUUAACAUAGCUUCAGUGGCACAAUAGAAACCACCUGUGGAUCCUACAGUGUUUUCAGAAACACUGCUCCAAUCAUAACAUCCUGAGGAGACUCUGGAGCUGUUAGCAGAACUCAGCUGAGGUCAAUAUUCAGCAAAAAAGUUAUCCCAUCACUUUGACAGCACCUGCACCUCUGCUCGUAGCUACAGUAUAUGUUAGCAUGUUAGCAUUGUUAUUGUGUGCAUGUGAGCAUGCUGACUUGUGUAACUAGCAGCUUGUGUGUGAACUCUUCAGCCUGUAAAAUGUGUCUUUUCAAUGACGUUCCUCUGAAAGUGGGGAAAAAAGGUUUUGAAAGCACUUAAAGCAAAGAAUCAUUUUUAAAGCACACAAAACUUCUAAACAGCUUAGAUAACAGCCACAGUUGCACAUUAGCUUCUCUGUCACCACAAUUAUGUGGCUGUUUCACAGUAUCCUUUGCAUCUUGUUUGGAUAAGCAGAAUUUGAGCACUUUGCUAUUAUCUCAGGGAGUCCCAGCAAAAGCCUUUAGCUCUGGCUCCCUUUCACUCUUCUCCAUUUCUCUCCUUCUCUGUCAGGAUUUCUGGCUGUGGAUCAUUUGUCCUACUUCCUUCAUGCCAGGGUUUUAUGUAACAAUUUGUCAUUGUUAAGGGCCUUUGGUGUGUUCGACAGCUUUGCCGCUCUCUCAGAAUCUAUAACUCAUGCAAUUUCUUCUUUGCUUAACCACCUUUUUUAAUUCAAAUCAGAACAAAUUACCAGGCACUCAUACUUUUUUCCUGUUUACUGCAGUCUUUAGUGUCGAUGGACGAAUCAUUCCCCUUUCUGUCCACAGUUAAGCAAUCACAUCUGAAAUCAGCUGCAUCUGUACACUAUUUGUUAAAAUCCUGAUUUUGGGGAAUAGCUUUGUUUGCAGCCUGCUGAAUAAAAAUGCUUGCUCAUUUCCACUAUUUAUUUAUUUAGAGUUUAGUCAGUUGGUCAGUCGGACAUAUAUAUCUUUACCAUUACACUUUCUAUUUGUAAAAUUACAGAUGAUGAUGGCCAGUCAAAUUUUAGAUUUCCACUCGAUCAACUAGGAAAUCAGUCAUUUAAGAACAUUCCUUAUUAGCAGUCUGUUAAAUACAAAUACCUGCUCUUUUUCACCUAUUUACAGUUUAAUCCUCGUGUGUAUGUCAGAUAUUUAGUCUAGUUCACCCAUUUACCGGCUGUGUGAUUAAUUUAAAGUUGUUUAAUCUGAUAUUUAGACCUUAAAAUGUCAGUGUUACAGCUGUAUAGUGCAAAUAAUGUCAUUUUAAUGGCUUAGUAGUCCAUACAAUGCUCCUCGGGCUAUUUUUGAAUCUUCGAGGACAGACAUACAAUACUGGUAUUCAUCCUUAAAGCCAAAGUUCAGUGACAGAAAGGGUACAGAGGUCUGUAAUGAGCUUCUGAAAGAGCUUCUCUGUCUUCUCGCUCACUCUUUUUUCCCCUCUUCAUUCUUAUCUAUCUUUUUCACUGGAAUCCACUUGACAAAAUGUGCUUGUGUGUGGAAGGUCAUGACCCAGAAUAGGCUUUUGCUGCAGAUUACUGUUUUUGGUCUUGUUAAAUUUAACCAGAAAAUUGUGUUAAACUGAUCAGCCAGCUAGGGCAGCAGAGGUUGAAUAGUUUUAUGAUUAUGUGAUGGAAUUAGUGUGUGUGAAAGAGACUUCAAAAUGUAAAUUAAGGAGGAAACAGCCAGCCAGCCUCUUAUUGUUACUCAGUGUGGGCAUAUGCAUGCAGACUGCAGAGUGUGCUUCUGUGCUUUGAAAGUGAGAUUUUCUGGUGGGAAAUGUCUGGUCUCUUCGUGCUUCCUUUGGUGAAGUGAGUCUGUCAUUGGCCCCAGUCUGAUGAAUAUUCACAAAGGUGACAAAGAACUCUGACACAAACAAAGCUGAAGCCAAUUAGUUUCCAGGAAGAGAGGGACAGGUUCACCCAUGCAGAAUCCCUCUGGUAGUGUGUGUUUUUGUGUGUCUUUCUGUGUGCCCUGGCAAGGACACUUGAACUUUUUGCAUGUGAGAAGAAAAAACCACAACAAAGUUAACUAUAGCUAAUUGAUUUGAAACUUGGCCCCUGCAGAGCUGCUAAUUUCCAUAGCCCUACAUUUCUGCAUUUAGAUCACAACCUUAAGGGCUCUAUUCUCGUGCUUCGCCAGAGACGUGACGCAGGCGCGGCGUAAGUCAGGUCCGCCGCGCCAACAAGGCAUUCCCAAGCACAAUUUGGUAUUUUGGUGAGCGGCGCAGCUCCCUAACUCAGCUCCUCCUGUAUUGACCAAUAACAUCAGCUCCUUUCCUCAACUUUAAAUCCGCCACCGGCGAGGCAUAUUACAAUUUUCGUGAAGUAGUCAAAGAGAUCAAGAGAUGUCUGAAGACAGCAAUGCCACAUGGCGACAGAAGGCAGCCCCUCAACAAGUGUUGCUGUAAGCACUGCAGAGGGCGUCCUUCACACUGUCUCAUAAAAGCACAGAUGGAUUUGGUGUGUGUAAGGUUGGACCCACUGGUAAGACAAACACCCACAAAUAAAGACACUAACAUAAAGUUGCAUAUAUUCAAACCUCACGGAGACAUGUCCAGGUCCAGCUGCACGAGAAAUAAGAGGAAGAGGGAGAAAGAAAGAAAAAGAGGGAGACAAAUUACAUAUCUUGUUGUUUAUCAUGUGGGUCUAUUUACUAGAUAUUUAAUUUAAUGCGGUUUCAGCUGUGUUGAUUCGGUAAGGUUGUGUGUCCAAACGCGUGCCAAACGCGCUCAUCAGAUCAGAUAUAGAUCAGAAUAUAUCCAUAGAUCUAAAUGUAUGUGCUGACUCAGAUUAUUAGUUGUUGAUUAUUUAUUGCACUGAAACUGUGGAAACCUGCCGGUGAGGCAUCAGUGACAUAUGCCAAUACGCCGCAGGUCUACCAAAAUACCACUAGACAAGCUGCGCUCCGCCUGCGCUGAAAGUUGACCAGGUUUGAAUCAGUAAGCUUACAGCGCACUUUAUUCGCCACCGGCGAGCACAAAAAUGUCACUGCACCAGCUGAUUCUGUCAACACCUCCCCCUGCCACGCCACCAUGCCCAGCUUGGCAGACCUCAGUGCGCCUCAGUCCACGAAAAUACCAAACUGGCUGUACGCCGGGCUCCGCCAGACAAAAAUUCCACUGCGCAGAGUCCGCCACCCUCCGCCGCGUCACCGGCGUACACUAAAAUAGAGCCCUAAUUGUCAGCAUGGGUGCCAAGGUGUGGCCUUUGCUGAUGUUCAAUCAACUGCACAGGGAGUGUUGGGUCUGAAGGCUGUGGGUUCACAUGCACACUUUCUCUCCAGUCUCUGUAGAGCAACAGCAACAAAAGAGAGGGGUGGAAAUCUUUGCACGCCAGAACAAGAGACAGAUUGUUUUAUGUUCUCAUUGACCCCUGAGGAGUUUUCCCACUCCUCCUCUCAUCUGAACCUCUCACCUACUUUCCUAAGACCUUCCCACUCCUCUCAGAGGAGAGAAAAAGACACUCCCUGCUGUGCAUCGCAUAUCAUCCUCCUCCUUCUAAAAUGUGCUUUUGCUUUGUGUUUGACUUUUCAUGUCACCCACCUUAGAAAAGUACUGCAGUGAUCUACAGUAUAUCUUCUUUUUUAUGCAGAUCUUGGUUAUUCACCAACAUUCAUUACUGGAAUACUGCCUAAAUCGCUAAACAUUUCCUACCAUGUUAUAAUGCACAGCUGGCAUUGAUGCACUUUUGCCUUAAUGUUUUUAAUGUUAAAAAUCACAAAACACUUGAUGCACAAAACUUGAUGCACUCGUCCUACAUGUGCUAAAAUAAAGCCCCUCUUCAGUAAUUGCAUACAGUAGUUCGAAAUGUUCUAGUCUGGUUUUGUUAAAAAAAAAAACCAAAACAAAGCUCCACUGAAGAGUUUUUAAUGAUAGCUUGAUGUCCUCUGAUGCAGCUAAAAGCUCAUUCUUAGAUCAUAGAACUUUAAUUGACAGACUCACAUAGUGGAUGGGUAUCAUUGGAAGCAUCCUGGGCUGGUUUCCCCUCCAUCUCUCAGACAAGUGUUUGUCAGGGUCAUUUAGUAUUCACAUGUCUGAGACAGCAUCUCUGCUCUGUCUUGGGCCAAUGCUAGAUCCUAUUUAUUUUAUCUUUAUAUGCUUCUAAAAAGGCUGUACGAUUAAUUAAUUUUAAAUCGUAAUCAGAUUAUUUGAUUUGGACAAUGUUAAAAAAACUCAAAUCAAUUUUCCUCUCUAGCAUGCUUUGCGCCUCCAGGCCACCGUAGGCUCCCCCUUCCUGCAAGAGCGCUCCCCACUUCCCACACACACCAGUGUAAACAAACAUGGACUGUGUCUGAAAUGGCAUACUACUCGUACUACUCAUACUAACCCCGCCCCUGAAUUGAGUAGUGUGCGUUCACACUGUACAGUAUGCGAAUGUUGUGUAUGCGAGAAAUGCCCGGAUGUAUACUCAAUCGGCUUCGAUUUCUGAGUAUGGAGCGGAGCUUGCUUCACGUACUGCUUCUGCCCCACAAUGCAUUGCGCACUUUAGCUGGUAAUAUGGCCCUCUUUCCCGAGGCUGAAAAGAAAUAGAUGGCAUGUGAUUAUGUGUAUAUAUAUAUAUAUAUAUACAUAGAUAAACAAUAUUUAGUCAGUAUACAUUACACAAUUUUUUAUCAUUUUAUUAUAUUUUUAUCUUUUUACCAGAUUUAUUUGUAUUUUAAAUUAGGAUUGUAGGUAAUGUUUUUAACAAUUCGUAUGAAUUGACUUUAUUUAUUUAAGUGUCUAUUAAAGAUGUAUUUAUUACAAUAAGUCUGAGCAUCUUCUCAUCUCUGAAUGCAUCAUCAAAGUGGUCACUCAUAUCAAGCACAGACCUCUGAUCAAUAAAAAUUAUUAUUGGUAGAGAGCACAUGGUUCAGAAUAUACAAACGAGGGAGUUUCCAGUUGACAAUGUAUGUGAGCUUUACUAAUUCUGUGGUUGAAAAUCUUUUAGGAAGUACAUAGCUGCCCUGAAGAAAAGAUGCCUUUGUCUUGCAUGGCGGCGCUCUAUGGUUUUCAGCCUACACCAGGCAGAACUACCUGAUGGUUUCUGAAAUUAUCAUUGUACAUGAGAAGAAUGUAGUCGGGAAAUGAUGUAUUUGCCAAGGAAUAACCGAACAAGGUCAUAAUUAUGUUGUGUGUUGGUCAUUUUGCAGCCCUCUGCUGCUCAUCACACGCCUAGCAGGUGGUGUAUAGCAUUAUCACCAUGGAUACACAGAUGUUUGUGUGAUUUUUUUCAUCCACUGCCGCUCGGUUUGUGUCGCCUAGUUGUUGAUUAUGAAAACACUUCGCAAUAAUUUGGAAAUGUGAAGGGGGAGCUGCUGCUGCCCAGUGUUUAUGGCACGUAGACGCAAACACCCACCAAGCAGACGCUUCGGUCUCUGAAAACGCCGAGACAAAUUUACAAACAGCCGCUAUUUCAAACAACUGGGCUCAUAAUCGUGAUGUAAACACUUAGGCCCGAACUACACGUAUAUGGAUAUUUAUUUAUCAGGAUAUUUUUGUACUCCCCUCUAAAUAAAUGUAUCUGUCCACACGUGUUCGUUCUCAAAAAUAUCUGCGUCCACACGUAGCCUUCAAACUCAAUCCUAUCUGGUGCCGCUUAAAAAAAAUUCAGCAACAAAGCUAACUGAUUGGCUGAUGAAUCGUAACAGCGUGUUGCGUCAUGCAUUGUUUGCGGAAGCUACGCUAGUGCGUCGGAUCCAUGUGACGGACCAUGUGACCAAUAAAACGAUUGGCCGCAGCAGACGCGUCUGUGAGCUGACUGACUGGUGGAUGUAAUUGUAUAAAACAAGCUUCACUUGCAAGGCUGAAAUUAGCCCCAAAAGGGCAAAACAAACGUAAAGAAUACCCUGUCUGUCCGCCAUCGUUGUUGUUCUUCUUCUUUUUAAUUCGCAUGUGCGAGCUGCGAUUUGACGUCAUCGAUCCGUGAAAGUCCAACCACACGAAUCCACUACGGAUACGGAUAUUUUUUUAUUUCUCCACUUGUUUUUCCGGAUUCAGAUUUAUCCGGUUUGAGUGCUCCAAACUCCCGUUUUGGUGUGGUAGGGAGGCCUAAUCGGACAUAAAUAUGUGCAGUUUGAAAUAUAUCCGCAUUCGUGUAGUUCGGGCCUUACUUUAUCACUAGAAAAAAUAUUAUCACUGAAUGAAUUUAUAUAAUUUGUCCGGAAUGCAGUCGUUUUGUGUAGCUUGUGGUAGGACUAUUGAGAUUUUCCCGGCGCUGCGUCCGGCCAGCAUGAAAUGCAUUCUGGGGUAUUUAGUAUGCAUCUGUAUGUAAACGCUCGGGCAGCCGCGGCAUACUCAAAUCAUCUUUGAGUAUUCAGUAUGCAGUAUGCACUGAUUGAGUAGGUAAGUAGACAGUAGGCAGUAUGCCAUUUCGGACACAGCCAUGGUGUUUGCAAAAGAAGGCGAAAAUUUUAUGGCUAAAUAGGGCAAGAGCAAGUCAGUCAUGUUGAAUUGGUACGGCUUCACAGUUUCGGAUGAAGAGCAAACCACUCCCCGCUGCAAAGUCUGUCUGAAGGCGGUAUUAACACGUCCACAUGGUAACAGAUUGAGAAGUAAACGCAAAAGUUCACACAGAAACAGUGUUUCAGGUGACUGUAAAUUGACUUUUUGAAAACGGGUCAGAGAGUGUAUAAAUCUGUAAACGACUACCAUUUCAUCUCCAUGUGGACGACUAUUGGCAUCUCUCUAAAAACGAUUGUCACACACAGCGUAACUCUUUCAUAGCACCUUCGCGUGUCCGGUCAAAACAACCUUUAUACGCAUGCUCUGUACUCUUCUUCUGUCUUUUGCACAUUUUCUGAGCAGCACUACAGCGCCACUGAAUGGCUUGGCAUAUGCACUACAGCGUUUUCAGUGGUUUCGUUUUGAGAGGUGAUAGUAAAACUUAUUAAGGUGAAGUUUGGUGAAGUUGUCACUGAAUAAAAAAAUUAAAAAUAAAAAUCAGGUUUUCAGAGAGUAAAAUCUGGGUAUAUAUUAGGCCAAAAUUGUGCAGCCCUAGCUUCUCAAACAAUUUUAGCAAGUUUCUUAUCAUAGAUUUGCAGAUUACAUUUGAUUGUUUCUUUCGAGCCCACGAACAUUGACAAAGUAGCUGAUUCAUAUAACUUUUGUUAAGUGACAACUUCUUCUGGCUCAUACUGUCCUUUGUUCAGUUGUUAUGAAACAAAUUUGAAUAAAACUUGAAUGUGUCAGAUGAAUUUUUAAAUUUAAAAAAUAUCUCACCAGUUUAUUUCAGUUCAUUGUUCUUGUCUUCUCAGGGUGGUGCGAUCUCCAUCUUGACGGCAUGUGAGAGACCCAAUGACUUUGCUGGAGUGGUUCUAAUUGCUCCAAUGGUCCAGAUGAACCCAGAGUCAGCUACACCAUUCAAGGUAGCAACAAAGCCCUUUUCCUUCCUCUCCCUCUAUCUACUGCUCUUCCUUCUCCACUCUUCUCUCCCCCACAUUCUUCAGUGAAGUCGUAGAAGUCAGCUUACUCCACUCGGCCCUGCUGUAGUUCAUGACUAAAGUACUGACACCUCUUAUGUGUGUGUACCAAUGGAGCCACAGUAGCUGUCUAUGUCUGAAUCACUGAUACAAGUCCAUCCAGACCUGACAGAAGUGGUGCCAAUAUCUGUGCAGGAGCAAAAAAAGACACUUGUUUAUGUAAUCAUUAACAUGUUUUAACAAGUAGAAAUGUGUUUUUUAAAAUCCUCGGCUGAUAUAAACAGACCUGCUGGGUGCAAACAGGUGACUCUACAGUACACACUAAAAUGAAAGACUGUAUCUCAUUGUAACACCACGCAGAUGGCGAGAAAAAAAAAGACAGAGAGAUAGAAAAAUUCAUAAGGGAGGUGUUGAUGUGUGAAAAUAAACUGAAAUGCUUGGCGUGUUUUGUUUUAUCACUGUUUACAGGUUUUUAUGGCGAAGGUCCUCAACCACAUGGUACCCAGCGUCACUUUGGGCUCCAUCGAAUCCAAAUGGAUCUCACGAGAUAAGAAGCAGGUGAGAGACAGAUGCUGUGUUUGUGGGAGAGCUGUUGUGAUUCUGGAGAUUGAAGAGGCAGGUAGGGGUGGGAUUUUAGGAGGUCUCUUGGGGAUCUUUGCCCUAUUGUGUGUACGUGUGUGAGGUCAGGCAGCAAAAAUUUAUUGGACAAUGCUUACUUUGAAACCUUUCCAAAAAGAAAGUCAUUCUCUGUGUCUUUUCCUUGUACUUUGGGUGGCUUGCAUUGUUUAACUUGUAAUUAUAAAAACAGAUGCAUGCACAGGUUAUGUACAGUACAAGGUUACAACAAACAAACAACAUUAUGAGGUAUUUGGCUAUGUGCAUGCAUGCAAGUGUGUCUAUUAUGGUGUUUGGGUUGUCCCCAUUUGUUAAAUAACCUCAACAUGAACUUCUGAGAAGAACCAAAUAAAAAGCAAGCACGUCUGCUCACCUGCAUUUGCAUGUUUUUGUGUCUAUGAGAGUGUGCUGUGGUUUUUUCACAGUUGGGCCCUUGUGUGCAGAUUUCCUACCUGCAUGUGUCUGUUAGUAUUCACCCGACACAAACGGCCUUUCAGAAACAGUCUGCAGUAACAACAGGAUCCCACAUCCUGCUGCUAAGAUCUACUGGAGAUUGAAAAGGUGUAAUGCCAGUAAAUCCUUUUCAUACAUGCACUCUGUGAAAACUCUAAAAAAUUACGGGACCUUAAAUUUUCGGAAGUUUUCAUCAAUGCAUGAUUCCCUAACAUGAAGUUUUCCCGGUCAGACAGUGGGGAUGUCAGUCAGCAGACCUCGUGUCAUCUGUUUUUGUCAUUCAAAGCUCCCAUGUGGAGUCUUUUACUUUUAUGAUAUAAAUAAAAUUUUGUAUUGAUGCCUUUUUUUAUAUACACAAGGAAGAGCUUCAGUGACUAUUUUUAAAGAGCAAUUUUUAAAGCCUUUUCAAAAUAUACAAUAAAUUCAACUGUCAAAAGUCAGCAUUUUCUUUUUUCUUUUUUGUCAAAGGACACUACUUAAAGCACCUAUGAGGAAUGUUGGUUUGUGUCGGUCUUGUUUGCUUUUAUAUCUAAAAAUUAAAUAAAUCUUUAUUGUUUUAUUGUUGUUUUAUUGUUGUUCUUUUAUAUGUUUUAAUACAGUGAAAAUACUUAAAUUAAAUAAGAUCAUUUGAAAGAAAAUCAUUUCUAACCAAAAUCGCAGCUCUAAAACAAAUAGACCUCAUCACACUCCAAAAAUGUAAUGUUUUUAUAACUGCACCCACACAUUUCUUGACAGAAGAUAGAUCCUGUCAGUCAGUACAGUAUACCCUUUCUAAGAUGUUUCAUGAGCUUAAACCACUCUUUGAACUCUGGUUUACAUGGGCUCCUCUAGUUGCACAGUAUAAUCCUUGCUGCAACAAUGCAACCUGCCAUUAUCAAUGCAGAUUCUGUUUUAGUAAUACGAGGUGGAAUAAGACAGGAGUCACCUUGCAACAAGUGAGGAGACUGUUGAAGCUGCUGAGGCGGUCUUCAAGGCUCUUCCAAAAAAGAUGAGCCCUAAAGAGCAUGGAUAUUUUGCUAGUCAAGUUCAAAUUUCUAUCUCUGUAUGGAUCAUUGACAGCAUGUUUCCCCAGUGCCAACCAUCUGUGCACUAAAAGCAUGAAUAACUUUGUUUGUACUGGUGCAUUUGUCCAUGCUCACUAAGAUUACGGCUAAAUUAAACUUCCUCUUUUUUACCAGAUAUGCUUAUAUCAUAUGCAUAUGAUAUAAGAUACGCAUAUCCAUGUAAUCUGCAAAUGUAUUACCUUGUGCGUGACCAUUGACUUAAUUUGCCACAAAACCCAUUGAAUCACAAAAACAUCAAGAGAGGUCUAAGAAAGCUUAAGUCUUAUUAUUUCACAUCUAUAAUGUUUUAGACAAUGUGAUCCCAGCAUUACUGAAAAUCAAUCUAACAUGUUUCUCAGAGUCAGCAACUCCCCUGACUUGUUGAACAGGUCAUGUGGCGUCACAGCUCAGCUUACCAUCAUUUAUUAUUCAAAGCAGCAGCACAUGUGGCCUUCAAGAGCAAGCUUCAGUUAGAGUGGGCCAUUAUAUGUGUUUACAUAUAAGCUCAACAAAAAUGCUGGGGUGUGUGACUGAUGUGAGAGUGUGCAAGGAACUUGAAAGUGACCGUCUUUAAUGCUAGUGAAACACUCAGCAUUAAUCUUCUGCUGUUCCACUCUGAUCUUAAUUUAUGUAAAAGUAACGUUAAGUUGAAAAAAAAAAAACUGCUUUAUUUUUCUGGUUUUCCUCCUUUCGUCACUUUGAUGUUUCUCCCCUCAGAGUUCCCAUCUAUUUAUUUUAAACCCUUACUCUAACUUGCCAACUCUAAUAUUUAUUCCCAGGAUUCUUUUUAUGUUUGUUGCCCUCCAUCUCCCACAAGGGCAUGUCUUCUGCUGACUUUCUUCCAUAUUUGGACUAAGCGUUGACAUUUAUCAUGCUUGUUUAGAGAUUCUCCGCUCAUAAACACAGGACUGACACAAUGCUGCGUUCUCAUUGUCCACAAAACUAUGUUGUACAGAGAUGUUAUUGCUGAGAACUAAGAGAGUUGGGGCAUUGUAUUGAAAGAGUCUAUGGUUUUUCCUUAUCAGUUGACUUUGUGUAAGCAAAGGGGUCAUAAAAAGAGGAAAGGGGAAGGGGACAAUGACUAAAUGGUUACCUGCCUAAACUUUGCUCCAUAUCUCUUACCCUUUUCUUUUUGCACAAGGUGGAGGCGUAUGACUCUGAUGAGCUGAAUUUCCAUGGCGGCCUUCGGGUGUCAUUCGGCGUGCAACUAAUGGGUGCAGCAGCACGUAUCGAGAAGGAGAUCCCGACCAUCAGCUGGCCCUUCUAUCUCCUGCACGGGGACGUAGACAAACUGUGCCACAUUGGGGGUUCAAGGAUGAUGUUCGAGAAAGCUCCCAGCUCAGACAAGAAACUAAAGGUGAGAGUGGUUUGUUCACAAAGAAAUUAAGCCAGUGAUUGGUCCAGAAAACAUGUAUAAAAUUGAAAGAACGUGUAUUAAAUAGUAAUGAUAUUAUUAAAAACUAUAUUAAUACAACUGAUUCCAAAAUCAGUCAUUGCUUUGAUAGUCAUGGUUUCUUCUCUGGGACAAAUUAACCUGAAACUGAUUAUUUUAAUGAACAGUUUGGUCACGGUCAAAAAUUACCCUUUUCAUUUGUUAUACAUCACAUCAAAGGUUAUACAUCAAUCAAUCAGCAUCUGCACUUCUUGCACUACUGCAUUAAUUUGCACUGUUUACUAUGCCUUUGUAACGCUGCACUACUGCCUUAUGGUUAUGUUUAUAGACUGUUUUUAUUUAUUCCUUAUUUAUUGUAAAUAUUGUUACAGUAUUUGUAUUUGUAGAAUGUGUACUGUGUUUCACUGGUGCUGCCUCUGGUUUUUUUAAUUUCCCUCUGGGAUUAAUAAAGUAUCUAUCUAUCUAUCUAUCUAUCUAUCUAUCCAUCUAUCCAUCUAUCCAUCCAUCCAUCCAUCUAUCCAUCUAUCCAUCUAUCUAUCCAUCUAUCCAUCUAUCCAUCCAUCCAUCCAUCCAUCCAUCUAUCCAUCCAUCCAUCCAUCUAAAUUGAACAUUUCUACUGAAGGUAUAACCAGGCAUAGUGAACUGUUCUUCUGCAAGCCAUUUUUUAAUUGACAAUUCUGUCCUCGUUUGAGUUGGCACACCUUUAUAUGAAUAUCACAUCGCUUUGUAAUCUGAGAAACACACUCACCAGCUCUGCAUCUGUAGCCCGGAUUGCAGGACAGGAUCCAAUACUAACUAUCCUCAGUGUUGUGAAGCUUACAGAUAUAUGAUGAUAAUGUAAGGUAAUGUGUCUCUCACAGUGGCAGAAGUAUUGCGUGUUUAGAACUUAUCCCAGCAGACUGAUUUGAUGUGACGUAGAUGUUCCUGGCAUUGCUUUUGCUAUUUAAACUGUAUUGCCAUUUUUAUGGCAAGUUGACCAAUCUGAAUAAAGUGUUUAACACAACCAGAUGAUGAGUAAAAAAGCCAGGUAAUAAAAAAUGAUUACUAUGUCAAUACUUUAGAAAAAAAUUGGUAAUCAGUGUACAAACAAACAUACAUUCAAAAUCAGUUUAAUUAACUCAAUUAACUUUAAAGCUAGGACAACAAGAAAGGUCUCGUUUUAAAAAUCCCAAGUUAGAGUUUCUGUUGUUCCACAGUUUAGGGCCAUAAGGGCCACUUUUACGCGAUUUUGUGUCCGGUACUUGCUGCUCCACUGAUUCUAUGCCAAAAACACAAGCGCAUUGCGACAGAGAGACCAGAGUCAGUUUUCUCACGGGUUGGUUGUCACACUGCUUGUUGUCAUACUCAUAUCAAACACUGGAAUCUUUGUUCCUUUUUUUAAGCAGACAAUGUUUCUGUCCCUUGCGCUUUAAGGUGAUUAGUCAUUUUACAACCAAACAUUUUAGAAAUUAAGAGGCUUCUAAUUUCAACACCAGACCACAAGUCUGAUAUAGACAUGACCGGUGUAAGCUAUAUUAAUCAAGAGUCAUUCACUCAAGAGUUAAAGUAUGACAACCAACCUCUGUUACACCACUUCCUUCUGUUAUUUUAUGGCACUAAAUGACAGAAUGACACAUGCUCUUGUGGUUGAAGAGCUGCUACAGUUGAACGGCUGACACGUUGAUGGUUUUGUGUCUGACUGAUACAGAAACUGUAACUUUGAGCAGCGUGAAAAACAUCCUGUAUGAAGGCAUGUUGUAAUAUUGCUGCCUAGGAUACAUGAAACUCAAUAAGCUUACUGUAGGUCAUGAGCAAACGCCAACCAAACAGAAGCAACAUUCAAAGAUAUGUUUGAGACAAAGUAUUUAAAUAAAAAAUGCUAUUUACUGGAUGAAAAUAAUGAACUGGGUGAGGGUGAGGGUUAGGGUUCCAGUUCCAGGCAUGCUGGAAGCUGCUAAAUUUGUUCUCCACUACAAGACUGUGUGCCCAUAAAGAAGAAAGUUUGCACACUCGUUUGACACAAGUUUUAAGAUGUAAUCUACAAAUGAGGAAAUGUAAGUGGAUCUAGAGGUGAGAGACAUGAAAAGAGUUUCUUUUUGCCUUCUUUUCUUUUGCUCUCUGUUGCAGAAAUAAGAGGCAUGAGUUUAAUCAAGUGCCGCUCGUGAGCUGUAACUGUAUUAGGAAGUCAGCUGAACACAAAACAGCAUCUGUUUCUGUUCACUUCCUAUUAGGUUUAGACAAGGUGAUGAGUUAGUCUCACUUUGAAUCCAUGUUAACAACUCUGACUCUCUCCCAUUCAGGUCUACGAGGGAGGCUACCACGCGCUUCACCAUGACCUCCCUGAGGUGGCGGAGUCUGUGCUGAAGGAGGUGACUGGCUGGAUUACAGAGCGAAUACCUGCAGAUUCCCCUCCACAACAGCAGGAUUCAUAGAGUAACCAGACCACCAACCUCUCAAGAGUCUAGCUCACAUUCCAGUUGUCUAUCAGGCAUAAAAAUACUACUACUCUCUCUGUUCUGGGAAAUACUUUGGACCUAUAGACUGAGGUCCUUUUUCUUUUGAUGUGAAGUUACUGACUUUAUCUUCUAAGCAUAGACUUAAGAAAAGAGAUUAUAUUCACAGCUUCUUUGCACCCUAUGUUACACUGGUAUGGGAUGAUGGGGUCAGAAAUCACUGAUUUUUAUAUACUCAUAUUUUUAAAGCCAGCAGCCUUUAAGAUCAGGGAUGUGCCUCAUGUAUAUAAUACAGCUUGCUUGUUUUGCUCAGCAUUUACUAGUCAAAAUAGGCUGAUAUUAGACCUCACCUGAAUGCAGCUCAACUUAAGUCAACUUAAAGACAGGAAAUACUACUGUCAAAUUGCAAUAAUAUAUGGGAUAAUAUAUGCCAGAUCUGUUAAAUAGCAUGACUAAAGAAAUGUAAUUGAUAAUUCAUAUGCACAGCAGCAUUUUUGUCCUCCUUUUGCACCAUAAUUAGACAGGUCAGAGGUCAGGGUCAGGGUAGACAGUGUGUCUGGGCCUGGGUAAGUGUCUCUGCAUGGUGAAUAUUUAAUAGCUUGGCAUCGACUUGCUAUAGAGCCUCGACGAGAUGAUUGCAGACUAUAUCAGGGGGGUACAAAGCUGUCACUGAGAUAGCUUUACCCUGCUUGCUUUGCCAUUCCUGAUUCAUAUUUUGAGUCUUACAGAUUUAGUGGCUUGAGAGAAACUGUCUCCUCUUGUUUGCUUUCUCAAAAAAAAACCUUGCAGUCUUGUAGUUUAUAUUUUUCACUUAUAAAAUUUCAGUCAUAUUUAUUUCUAAUUAUGGUCACAGUACACACUCUUCUUUCAUAUAGAUCCCCUCCCUUUCCCUUUCCUCAUUGAGCCUAUUGAAGAUUAUGUAGGAACAAAGAAGGAGCAGAUUAACCCGAGGAAGCUGUACUGUGGUUUUCUAAAGGUGGUAUUUCGAGGCAGAAGCAGAGGUCGAAAGGUCUUCCCUCUCUGCAACCUCUGACCUUUAGCUUCCCAGUUUGAAUAAUUUUCUGCAUCCAUACCUUCAUAAAGCUGAGACAGGAGUCCAGUUGGAGAUUGAAGAAGAACUCAUCACAGUACAGUCAAAGAGUUUAUCUCAUCUUUUCCCAUCUGCCGUACAGUUUGAAAUUACCUUUAAGUGAGAGACUUGAAAAUAUUACCAGAACUGCUCGCCACAAAUCUGUGCUGCUAUAUUAUUGAAUAUUUAACAGUUUCCUUCAAAAAAUUAAUUGAAAACUGCAUUUUAACACCAGACAAUUGCUUGUAGUCCAGAACAUGUGUAGUCCACGUUCCAUGCUAAAAACCUGCAAAUUUGAGUCAUCAAUGCAUGGAUAUACAGAGUAAAAUCUCAUAUAUAAAGCAUACUUACACUGAUUAGACUCAAAACCUCAGCAUUUUUCAAAAUUCUGGUCAGAACCCCCUGUUACACAUGUCACAAGUUUUUAGGGGUGCUAAAUGACAAAUAAGAUUAGUGCAGCAUGAGAUUUUAAAGAAUGUUUUAUUCCAGCUGCCUGAUUUCUCCCCAAAGCAAGAAAAGUAAAAACUGCUAAAGCUUUGGUCAAGCUCACAAUUUUUUCUCUUGAGAAUUUAACUUCAUUUUUAAAUGAUCAGAAAAGGCUUUCAGAGACAUCAUAGCAAUAAUGUAAUGUAAUACCAGCCUACAUUUUGAUAGCUGUUGAUUUUAAACUAAUCAGACAUAGUCUGAGCUGUUCCUUAUCGGCAGGGAGACUAUAAUUAGCAAGUGUUGCCGUAAGCAAUUAGCUGCUCUUACCUAUUUGUCAAGCAUGAGAGACUUUCAACAGCGCAGGUCAAGAAUCUCAGUGUUGUGACAGCACAUUCAUGCAGCAUAAAACAUGAAACGGGACCAAACAUGUUGUAAGAGGCGGUUCAGACUGCAGCAUCUGCAGAAAUCUGUUGAUUUCAGACAUCAUGUAGUCCAGGGGCAACCACACGGAGCUCAAACGCGGUUCUUUGAAGGAGACUUAACUGUGUCGCCAUGCUUUUGCGUAUUUUUAUACCAUCCAUGAGUUCAAAGGGAUUCCUGCAGAGAAAGGAGGGAAAGCUCAGAGCUGUAUCCACGGUGACCGUUACACACGUGUAACCACGGCAGCAGGCCUGUGGCAAGGUAGAAUUUUUCCUGUGUUGCAUGUAUAGUCACCAGGGUAAUCACAACAGGAGUGACAGAAUGAGAUGAAUCUCUGGCCUGAUGCCUGUUAUGACUUUCUGUCCCCCUCACUCUAAAUCUCUCACUCUGUCUCUUUCUCUAUCUCACCCGUGUCACCCUGUUUCACCUGUGUUUUGUUUUUAGUUGCCAGGGCGACCAGAGCUCUUUGUUCUGUCAAUCACAGAGCUCCUUGUUCCAUCUACACUGUCAGAUAUUGACACUGUGUCUGCUGGUCAGUUAGCAAAACUGCAACAGGUCACAGUACAAUUUAAAUGGGACACAUCACCAACCCUACUACAGACUCAACCUAGUUUAAUGCUCUGUUUGACCCACUAAGAAAUGCAAAGAGUUUGUGUUUCUGUCUGAUCUAAAACUGCGCACUCUGCAAACACCUUUUCAGUACAGAUGCCACAAAAUAUUUAACACCUGACCAGACAAACUAAAGCCAUAGUGUUGUGAGAAUAAGAGAAUAUUAUGAGAAUAAAGCAAUAGUUGAAGGGUUUUUAAGUCAUAAUAUUGCCAUAAUACAGCCAUAGUAUCACAAAAUUAUAGCUAUAAUAAGAAUAAAGCUGUGCUAUUACUGUUCGAAACUUUAAAAAUUUAGCAAAAUUAAGUCUUGAUAUUACAAGAAAAGAAUGAGAAUGACAUAAAGCCUUAGUAUUACGGGAGUAAGAUAUACAAUUACAAGACUACAGCUGUAGUAUUAUGAGAGUAAAUUUAAAAUAUUAAGAGAAGAAAGCCAACGUGUUUCUAGAAUUCAAUUGUAAUAAAGUCAUACUUUUAUUUAACGGUGAACCUAUUUCAAGAGGGGGUAGGCUAUUGGAGGAGCAGCUGCCCACAUACCAGUGAGGAACAUGGAGUGUCUUGUUAACUGUAAUGGCAACUGGAAGUGGUCAAAUAUAAUGCUGUUGUUGGAUGAAGACUUAGUGCUAAAAUCCUGGCCUUAAUCUUGUAACAUUACAACCUAUAACUUGUCUCAUACUGACUUUGUCCUCAUAAUAUAACAACUGAAGUCUAAAAACAAUUUAUUUCCAUAAGAUUUUGAUUUUGACAUUCUUAUAACAUUAUGACUUUAAAGUCUUUUUUUUUUUUUGGUUCACGGGGUAGCCCUAAUAAUUUGUUGUGAUUUCAUAAGGUAUUGAAAGUAUAAAAGAAUUAAAGCGUUUUUUUUAAAGGAAGAGUUUUUUUUUAGAAUUUAGACAGAAUUUAAGGGUAACACUUUUUCUUUGUCUGAAGCACUGGUGUCCAUUUUUUGCUAGACAAAAUGUCGGGUCACAUUGCAGUAGGUACAGAUAUGGGUAUUUGUCAGUCCCCGUGGGAGUCAGACCCUUAACCUCCACUGGAGCUGCAGGGGUUUAUAUCAAGAGCACUUCAAACACAAUCCCCUCCUGAUUGGGCUGCAGCACACACAAAGGCUUAACAUUCCCGGCUGUAUUCAGAUUUGUAGAAGGACCCCUGAUGCACUAUGAAAUCAUCCUCACAGGAUCCUGUGUAUAGCAGUGACUUUCAGAGGAUAUCCCUGUCAGAUCACAGGAGUGCGUAUUACUGCAGUCAUUAACCCUCAGAGUGAGAGAAGGAGUGAGAGGACAGGGGAAAGAAACAGACAGGAGAGAAGCUGUCAGUAACCAUGGCAGCACCUUUUUUUUUUUUUUUUUUAUCAUGAAAUAUGUAUUUGUCAAUGGUUCAGCAUCUGCAGCUGAUGUUGCUGUGCUUUCAGAGCUAGUUGUCCAUUUUACUGCUCUUACAAUCCCCCUUUGUGCAAAUGUCGAGAUAAGAGAGCAAAUAAUUAGCUUCAUCAGUUCACAGUGAAUAACAAGAGCUGCACACACUCACUGAAUUCAAAUGAGGCUGGUGUGCUGCUUUACAUGAAAACACGCCAUUGACAUUUUAGCAAAGUGCAUUUUCUAAGACUCAAAAUAAACGUAUUUUGUCUGUGGAGAUUGUGUAUUUCUGCCCCCAUCCAUCUCUCCUCAUAAUUCAAAACACAUCUUAAAAGAAGAAGUGACAUUCAGGACAAAUCUUUAGGAUUUCUUUGUACUCACCUGCCUUAAAGGUGUAUUCUAUGACAAAAAGUGAACCUCCCUCAGUCCGUGCCAAUACUUGUUUCUACAGACAUCAUGUUUAUUAAUACAAGCAUGAAAUGAGUGCAGGUUUCCAUACUGAGAAAUAGCCAUGUCCAGGCAAACAACUCUGUUAAUAUGUAAUAAUAAACUUGACUGUUAAUGUUGUUUUUUAUUCAGGACAGCAGGUCUAUGUUGAGCUAAUGCUAAGAAAUGAAGAGGAUAUAAUAAUGCAGGAAAGCACUCGAUCUGCUUAGGCUGCAGCUUCUAAUAAGGCAAGAUUGAAUUGAUCUGCAGGUCACUCUGUUGUCAUGUUGUUUCUUUCUAACUUGACUUUAUGACUGUUUCCGAGAAAAGAGCUGUCGUGUAUGAUGGAGGACUAAGCAGAAGCACAGGCAAGUCUAUCUGUUAUUCUAUGAGAUUACUGCACUGGGAAGGUUCAGUGCAGGGUUUGCAUGAAUGAGAUCUAGUGUCAGUGUACAGCAGGAAAUGAAGUAGGCUUCUCUGUACUGCUGUUAGUUACAUUUUUAGUUCAUUACCAAGUCUGUAAAAUACAGAUGGCUUCGUUGUUACUCGCAUUUUGGAGCAAACCUUAUUCAAAUCUUACUGUUUUUAAAAGAGAGUUUGAUUUGCUGAAUAUAAUUGUUAUACACUGUAUAAUAGCACAAAAUUCCAACAAAUCUGAAUGGAAAUACAAAAAUCAGUACUGCAAUGUAUUUUACAAAUGUUUAUUUAUCCUGUCUAGAGUAUUUAUAGGAAAUAAUUUUAUGUAUAGGCUAUUAUAUAUUGAUUACUCAUUGUGAAAAGGCACUUUUUAUACCAUUAACCAGUCAAAUUGUGUCAUUUUUACUGUUAAUGCUCAGCAGCAUAAAGCUUCAUGAUACUUUUUGAGAUGAAAACUGGUUCAGUGUUGUACGCACAGAAAGCAAUCCCCAUAAAGUAUGCCAGUGUUUCUGAUCUGGAGAGCAAAAUACUACUGUUAGAGAAAAAAACUCAAAUCUUGUUACUGUUUGUCACAGAGCUAUGAAUGUUGAAACUAUCUGAGAUUUUGAUGUUUAUAUUUGAUCGCAAGACCUAAAUAACCAGGACAGUGUAGAAACAGAUUGUACCUCUUCCCCAACUUUGUUUUUCAGGAACCUUUGUUGAAAGAGAACUAAAAUAAUGUAUGUACAUGUAGACACUUAACAUGACUCUCUUGUCUCAUAAAAACUUAAAAGCAGGUAUCAGGUUCUCUCCAAACAGCAGCAAAUUUCCAGGAACAACAAGCCUUGAAUAUAUUUGAAUAUAUAGAGAUUUUCACGAGAAAUAUUGUAUGUUUAUUUUUAGAUUAGGGUCUAGUGAUGUUUGUGCCUUAUAAAUAGGCACAAACAGCCUUAUAACUGUUUCCUGAGCAUGUCUGUAUUCAUGAGUGUAUGAUGUGCAGAGCCGCAUUAAGCAGAUCUGUUUCUCUGUUUUCCCUCUGCCUGUCGUCACAUCUGUUUCCGGUUCUGUCAGAGUGUCUGUCGCUGCUUGUAUGUUUCCAUCUAUGUUUAUCUCUGUGUAAUUUUAAGGAAGAGCAAGGGUUUAGUCCUGCUUGUUUGGCCUCCUAGCUGUACCAUUUACAACUUAUCUAUCUUACUCAAACUAGUUUGAUUUUAAAACUUUUUUUCCAUUUUGAAUGGAUUGCUAUUGUAACAACUACAAAACAUUGUCAUUUUAAGAAAACUUGAGGCUUUUACAGAGGGACAGUGUACAAGCUGAUAGUUUUAAUCACAACUCUAAAGACUCAACAGGUUUCAUGUUUUUAUCUUGGUUGUAUUUUUACCCAAACAAAACUUUAUGAUAACAACACACCUAAAUAUCUGGAAUUGAUUUCUAGAUCUUUGUAGAGCCAUGUUUUGUAAGUCUUGUGCUGCAGUCUUUCUGCACUUUGUAGAUAACUAUUCAUAAUCUUAAAAUACACAGACAGUAGGAAUGUAGAUCAAGGAGAAAAGAAUGUUAUAUUUUCCUUUUGUUAUUUUAUGGGGGAAAGAAAUUAAACCCCAACAGGAUCAUGCAAAAAGAUUAAAACCAACUGCAGUUCCUGACAGCACAUUAUGGAUCAUCAAAUAUUGAUUCACAUCACAUUCCUGAGUCUUCCAUGUAAAGUAUGUGUUGUUUCCCUUAGCAGUUUUCUAAUUUUAUGAUGACACUUGAUUUAAACUGCUGAGAGCUGAUACUCACCAUCAAGUCUCAAACAGAGAAGUUCAAAACCAUGCAGCACAACAGAAACUAAACCGAAAACAUUAACUCCAAUGUAACUGACGCUCAAAAUUCAACACUUUCACUCUGGUGUGUCAUUGCCAUGUCGAUCGUUGAGUAUCAGCAUUUGACAGUUUGAUUCAAGUGUGAUAAAAUAUUGUAUAUAAGAUGUACAAAUUAUGAAAUGUGCUAAAGGGUUUACAUCUGAAACACUGAGAUCAUUCUACUUGUUUCUAGAAUUUCCAUAAUGUCCACACUCUCUUACAGAAUAAACUUAAUGACUGUUUAACUGGGCAGCCUGACUGGAAUUAUUUAAUAGAUUAUGAACCAAAAAAUAAAUCAUUUUUACAAUCCAGA